ACCCUGUGAACAGACUUACUAGGAAGUAAGUUCUGGCUUUGCCGCCAGUCUUAGGAUUGGGUUAUUAAGACUGAGAAUCAUUCCUGCCUGCACCAUGGCAACCCACAGCCAUCACAAUUGCUGCCAAUGUCACAGCAGCCCCAGAUGGUAGAGCAUGAGACUCUUAAUCUCAGAGUCGUGGGAGCAAAGGAAACUCAGUUUACUCUGCUGCUGUUUUUUCUAGGCACAUGGGGGUGUCUCUCUCAUUCUGGGCAGCACAAGACAGUGCCUCAGCCUUCCUCAACCUGGUUUUCCCCUGCCAGACAAUUUUGGACUACAACUCCCAUCAUUCCUGACCAUUGACCAUGUUGGCUGGAGCUGAUAGGAAUUGUGGUUUAAAAUGUCUGAAGGGCACCGUAUUGGGAAUGCCAACACUCAUUUUUAAAGCAGAUUGUGGCUGCGAUGCAAUUUAUCAGGGUUUGCCAAUUUGGUGCCUUCCUGGUGUUGUUGGACUCUAACCCCCAUCAGCCUCUGUCAGCAUGAACAAUAGCCAGGAAAGGUGGGAGCUGGAGUUCAGCAACUUAUUGAGAGCACUUGCUAUGCAGUUCUACAUACUUACCUGGGAGUUCAGCUGGGCUUAUUUUGGAAUAGACAUGUAAAAGAUUGCACUGUACGGACUGAAAAGUAAUACAGUGGGGUUUUGUUUCCCCUCUUCCACAGUGGCUCCAGCAAAUUUUGGGUAGAUGCAAGAUGUGUUAUGUACAUCAGAAGUGGUGUACACACCUUACAAUUCUGGACAUCGAACUAGGCUAGAAUGUUAGUUUCUUCCUCCUGUCUAUAUGGGUGAAACUGAAGCCUGUGAUGCUGGCUGGCUUGGUGGCCGGGAAUGGUUCUGAUUUCUUAGGGAACUAAACAAUUUGCCAUCCAACUUCCGGAAGGGAAUGGGCAAUUGUCAGUUGGGCUAGGAGCUUCACACAGAGGUCUGUUCUGCCUCCAGCAUUGGAGGUAGUACACCUUUGAACAUCAGUUGCUGGGAAUCACAGGUGGGGAGAGGGCUGUUGUGUUCAUGUCCAACUUUCGGGCUUCCCAGGGGCAUAUAUUUUUGCCACUGCGAGAACAGGAUGCUGGACUAGAUGGGCCUUUGGUUUGAUCCAGAAGGGAUCCUAUUGUGUUAUUAUUAUCGGGGAAAAGUCCAGUUAAACAGUCCUGAGAUGCAGGAAACUCAGGGACAAGGUGGCUAAAAGAAGGAUGCAGAGAAGGGAAUGGAGUGAGAUAGAGGAACCUUGAGUAAAGGUAGGCAGCUGUCAGGAAAGUUCAAUGCAGGAAGGGAAUUGAAGCCAGGAAGUUAUCUGAGAUAGGACUCUGGAGAAAUUUUACAGAGCAUGAGAUCAGGAAAAAGGAGGCAUGCAAGGGACAUGACUGAAGGGAGGGUAUCAUUGUGUCUACAGCAGACACCCCCAGCCUGGGAUCCUCCAGAUGCUAUUGGACCUCAACUCUCCUCAGCUCCAGCCAACAUAGCCAACGGUCAGGGAUGGUGGGAUUUGUAGACCAAAACAUCUGGAGGGUACCAGAGUCUGCACCAGGGAUGGGAAACCUGUGUCCCUCCAGGUGUUGAUGAACUACAGCUCCCAUAAUCCCUGGCUACUAGCCCUGCUGGCUGGGGCUGAUGAGAGUUGAAGCCCAAAAGCAUCUGGAGAGCCACAUGUCCCCCCAUCCUUGGUCUGUUGAGGGCCAGAUUAAACAUGGCAUGGGAGAUCCAUAGCUUGAAUCUCCUGACUUCACUGGGGAAGGGUUUUUAAUUCUUUCCCCUGUUAUUUUGCACAAUCACCCUCUGAAGCUGACAUUUGGCCUUCUUUGGGACAGGUGACUGUGGAUAAAAACAGAACAGCUACAAUAUAGAUACCUGUCUUUACCCACACCCCAACCUGGGCUAGCAGCAGCUGGGGGGGUGGAAUUUGGUUGGAAAAACAGCACUAGGGGCAAGGGCCAAGCCCUUAUUCUCCAGGCACUAAUAUCCCCAUCCAAAUUGUCCCCUCUCUGAGGCUGGCUGCUUAUGCAUGUUUUAACGUAAGGUGAUCCAAUGGUCUCCUGUGUGAUGUGUAGUUUCUCCCCCACUCACCCUGAAAUUCUGCCAGUCAUGGUGUCUUUUACUGCAAUGUUGGGCGCUAGAAACAUCAAGGGGCCAACGAAGGUUAUAAAGCAGGAUGUGUAUAUGUGUGUGUAGCUGAAUUUCACACAUUGAUUUGAGGGAACCAGCCAACUCCUUGGCUGCAUACUUUUUAUUGAUUGGAAUAGAUUUUGACAUACCUAACACUGCAUAGGAACCAGGUUGUAGAUGCGACUGCCAGAAUCCAGCAAUGUUUGCUUGGAAAGUGUGAGUAAAUAUGGAAGUCUUUCACUAUUUGGGGAAUGCAAGGCUCCCCACAUCUGCAGUGGAGGAAGGGGAAAUGGAGACAGAGAAACUGAGGAAGAAUAUGCCAUGAUUGCACUUGCAUGGAUUUAAAUAAGGUAUUAUGAUGUGUGUGUUAACAUUCAAAAAAUCCAUCUGGGAUUGUUAGCAUAUAAAUGUGAAAUGUCAACAUUUAUCAUAUGUUGGAUAGUCAUAAAAAUAUAGAAUAAUUCAGGCAUAGAAUAGAAUAGUUGCAGGCAUACUUACUUGGGAGUGUGUUCCACGGAACCUUUGAGUAAGCGUGCAAUGGAGUUGCACUGCCAGCCUGUCUGCAGGUGCCACUUGGAGGAUUCCCUCUGCAACCUUUCAGUGCACCUUUCGUCACAAACCUAAGCACACUUUUGCUAGCGCAGCGUUAGCCAACCCGGUGCCCUCCAGAUGUUGUUGGACUGCAACUCCCAUCAUCUCCAGCCGUUGCUGCUGGGCCCAAGGUAAGCCCAGCUUGGGCUGUAUACAUUUAAAGCACAUUUUCCACACACACCCCCCCCCAAGAAUCCUGGAAAUCAUAGUUUGUUAAGGGUGCUGGGAAUUGCAGUUGUGAGGGGUACACUACAAUUCCCAGGAUUCUUUAGGAAGCAGGGGACAUGCUAUAAGAACAUAAGAACUCUGCUGGUUCAGGCCAAAGGCCUAUUUAGUCCAGCACCCAUUUCUCAGUGUGGCCAACCAGAGACUCACAGGUAGCCCACCAGCCAGGUAAGUUUAAAUGGAAGAUGCAUAGGCAGUUCAGAGGGCUCAGGCAGGUGAAGGCUGUACUACAGAGUAAGCCCUGUUGAAGAAAAAGCCUGGGGUUGCUUUUAAGUAAACAAUAGGAUCACGCUGCUUGGGAGCAAUCCUACAAAUACAAGGCACAUGUACAGGUCUACAUUGCUAGUCCACCGCCCCAUGAGGCUUACUCCAGAGAAAACAUGCAUGGGACCUAUGCCCAUAAAAGACACUUACCUGAGAGUAAGCCCUAGUGAACUCAAAGGGUUACCUUUUAUUUUGCAUGGCUUUUCAAAAUAAACAUAAUAUUUUAUUAAAGCUUUUUCACACUUUUCAUGUGACACUAAGGUUGCUUCAAUGAGUAAAGAUACAGAAUCCACACACACACACACACACAUAUAUAUAUAUAUACACAUAUACAGUAUAUACAUAUAUAUAUAUAUAUGUAUAUAUAUAUAUACACAGCGGUACUUUGGGUUACAUACGCUUCAAGUUACAUACGCUUCAGGUUACAGACUCCGCUAACCCAGAAAUAGUGCUUCAGGUUAAGAACUUUGCUUCAGGAUGAGAACAGAAAUCGUGCUCUGGCAGCGCGGUGGCAGCAGGAGGCCCCAUUAGCUAAAGUGGUGCUUCAGGUUAAGAACAGUUUCAGGUUAAGUACAGACCUCCGGAACGAAUUAAGUACUUAACCUGAGGUACCACUGUACGUACACACACACACACACAUAUAUACACAUACAUAUAUGCGCACAGACACACACACACACACAUUUAUAUACAUACAUAUAUCUGUUUUUAAUUUGUAAUUAUAGUAACCUGCCCUGGGACCUGCUGUUGGUGAAGGGAGGAUUAUAAACUUAUUUAUACGUCAUGUAUGUUGAAACAAACAUGUUCGUUUGUACACCCCCAAACCUACGCACCCCCCACCCCCCACAAAAAGGCAUAGGGCCCUGUUAGGCAUCACAUCCAAAACCGGCUUUCCUCCUUCCGAGUAGACAUGAACCGCUCCGAAAGCUAACGGAGAGGAGACAAACGCUCCCUUAUCUCUAUUCUUUUUCUCCCCCGAGGAGAAGAAGAGAAAGAACGCUGGCGGGGGGGGGGGUGGUUGGCAGGAAUGAAUGAAGCGAGCAGAUGAAUGAAUGGGAGCCCCGGGUGGGAGGCCGGCGGGAGGAAGAGGAGGGGUGGCGAGCCGCGAGAAUGCGCGAGAAGCACCAGCAGCAGAGGAAGCAAGAGAGAGACAGGGGGGGGGGCGCGGAGAGCGAGCACAGUGGUCACGGGGUGGGGAGGGGGAGAGGGAGAGAGAGAGAGUGGGGGGGGACAAGAGAGGAAGGAGCUGCUGCCAUUGGCGGCCGGGGCUGCCCAUCAGCUGCCCCCCACUUCCUGCCUUUCUGGCGCCCCCCCCCCGCCCCACACUGACUCCAGCCCUGAGGAAGUGGCCCGCGCCGGUAGAGCCACCAGCAGGCAGCCGGGCUCGAGCAUCCGAUUCCUCCCCCCCCCCCACCUUCCUCUUCUUCCAACAAGACCCCCCCAUCCCACUUUUCCUCCUUUUUGCAGCGCAUCCCUGGAGCAGCAGCAGCAGCAGCAGCAGCAGCAGCUGUAGCUGCAGCAGCUCCAUCUCCUCCUCCUCCACCAUGGCCUGGCGCGGGGGGUAGCCGGGCAGGGGCCUUCAGGAGCCCCCCCCGCCUCCCUACUCCCCCGCGAAGGGGGAGGCCCCGCGCAGCCAGGUAAGGGGGUGAUGGGCAGCUGGGGUGGGGGGCUGGGGUGCAGCCGCAGAGCGGGGUAGGUGGGUGGGAGAGAGGGAGUCGUCCCGCUACAAGCCACCCUAGGAGGGGUGUGUUUUUGGGGUGGGGGUGCGCUAAGGGGCUGGGAAAGGGUCCUCCUCUGCGACGCGAGGUAUAAAUCGCCUUGGGUGUCUUGGUCAGUGGGGCGGGGGCGGGGAGAGAGAGUUUUAAGGGGUUGGGGUGGGAGGGGCCAAGGAAGCAGAAUUUGGGGAGGAUGUUUCGCAACGGUGGAGGUAAGCUGGGAACUCAGAAGCCUUUUAACCUCGUUGGGGGGGGGGAUUGUUGUAACCCGCCCUGGGAGCCGCCGGUGAUGGGCGAGUAGCAAUUGGGGGUAAUAAUGGUAAUUGCAAAGUGCCCAGGGGUUUUUUGGGGGGGGGGGGCAAUUGAAGGGCUGCUGUGGGGUUAUAGGGAGUGCUCGUGGUGGUGAGCAGCUGGGAGGUAUGACUUGGGGGGCAGGGCCCUGGCCUGGAAAGUAAGAGCCUGUGUGUGUGUGUGUAGGUUUGGGGUGCCUGCAAUGGGGUCUACAAUAUGGGGGUGGCUUUCUGAGGGAGACUACUUUUGGGGGGGAUAUUUUGUGCUGGGGAGAAAUAGAGGUUUGGGAUGGGUACCAGGAAGGGGUUUCCAAGGAGUUGUGAUUUAUUUAUUUUUUUGUAGGGGGGAAGUAUAAUGAGAUGGGGCAGCUGGUUGUGAGAGGGGCAGCGCAGUGGGGACACUUGCUGAGAGGGAAGGGGAAGAUAUAACUUGAUAUGUGCCUUGGGAGGAGGGCGAGGGGCCUAGCGGAAGGGUUUCGCGGAAUUUGGAAGAGCACAUGGCUAUGAUACGGCGCAAGCCAUGGGGUGCUUCUGGAAGCGGGAGGUGUAAUACACUGAAUAUAUAGUCUGGGAAGGGGGCACAGGAAACGCGAUGCAGGCCAGCUGCUCUCAGCCAGCUGCUGUUGGCCGCCUUCUCCCAGCCAGCAUGACCAAUGGUCAGGGGUGAGGGGUGUGGUAGUUUGCAAGGCACCAGGCCAAGGGAACGCUCAAGCAGGGGCAGGGAGGAUCUGGUCUUCCAAACAUUGCUGGGCCACAGCUCCCCUCAGCCCUGACCAUUGGUCAUGCUGGCCAGGGCUGCCGGGAGUGGGAGUGUGGCUGCCAUCUCCCCACCCCACCCUCUUAUAAAAGCUUUUUGUGAACAGGUUGUGGGUGGAAAGGGCUUGAGGGCAGGCAGAGCUGGGCAUGCAGGCUUGCUCUGGGCUCAUCCUUACCCGAGAGGAAAGGCCUUAUUAGGGUGCAUCCACAUCGUCCAUUUAAACUCCUCCCCCCCCAAAGGAAUAAUGGGGACUGUAGUUUAAAGGUCCUGAGAACCAUCAUUCGGUGAGGGAUGAAUUGCAGUUCCCAGAAUUCUUUGGGGCAAGCCAUGUUCUUUAAAUGCUUGGUGUUUAUGCAGCCUAAUUUUUUUGCUUUAGCAGCUUCUGUCUUGUUUUCCCUCCCCUGUUCUGAUGAUGGUGCCAUUCUGGGGAUUAAGAGCAGCAGCCUUCAAAAGGUUUUUAUCACUGUUCUGAUUGGGCUGCGGUGACACACGCCUUAGUUACUUCCCGUUUGGAUUACAGCAACUUGCUCUAUGUAGUGCUGCCUUUGAAAAGUGCUCAGAAAAUCCCAGCUGCCUCAAAAAGCAGCAGCCAGAUUGUCGGCCAGGGCUCGUUACAUGGAGCGGACAACAGCUCCAAUAGCUACCACUAAUAAUAAUAAUAAUAAUAAUAAUAAUAAUAAUAUUUCCGGGUUCAAUGCAGAGUGCUGGCUAUGACCUAGAAAGCCCAGCACCGCCUGGGUCCAAGCUUUUUGAAAGACUGUGUUUCCUCAUAUGACCCAGCCCAGGUUCCAACAUCUUCGGGGGCUGCGCUUCUCUGGGUCCCACCACCCUCACAGCCCUGCUUGGUGGGGAUGUGGGAGAGGGCCUUCUUGGUGGUGUCUCCCAGACUCUGGAACUCCUUUCCUAGAGAAGCCAGACUGGCUCCCUCCUUGUUGGUCUUCCACUGGCAGGUGAAAACCUUAUUCCAACAGGCUUUUGGGAACCGACUGAUUUUAAGGAAAGGGCUGGUGCCAUGCCGUUUUUAUUGUAAUUAUCUAUGUUUUUAGUAGGUCCUUUAAACUACAGAGAGUGUUUUAAUUCUAUUAAAGUUUAAUUUGGGGUUUUUUUUUAUAAUUGUCGUCCCCUGCCCCCAAUGUUUUUAGCUGUUUUUGUUUUAUCUGUAAACUGCCUUGAGUCCCUGUUGGGGGAAAAGGUGGGGUAUAAAUAAAUAUAUAAUGAUGAUGAUAAUUUUUAUCACAUUCCUGCAGCAGCCCAGAGUGGGAGGCCUUUAUUAACCCCAUUUGAGCCGGUGGUGAAACAGGGGCUGAAUUGCCAUGGCUGGACUAAGGACUUGAAUCCAGGGCUUCCUGGAUCUGGGCCUCCCACAAGGAGUAUUUGAAAACUGAAAACUGAAUGGGUGAGGCCUUCUGGAGUUUCCAUGUUUGUAAAAGACCAGGAAGGCUGGGGUCUUGGCAGAGGUAUUCCGGAAUGAAAGGUCUAUGUCCACAACCUUGUGCCAUCUCCGUUAUGGUACUUUCUGCAGAUUUCGGGGGGGGUGCAAGGAAGAGUCCUGGCUGAUCAGUUUAGAUUGGCUGCACUGCACAGGUGGGGAAAAAGUGGUCACAGUACUCAGCUGUCUACAUACUGCUGUUUUGACUCUUCAGAGUGCUUCUCGUACCAUUAUUUCAGUAACCCUUGCAAUAACUCUCAGGGAAUUUAGGUGGUGGGACUCAACUUCCACCAGUCCCAGCCAGUAUGGCCAACGUUCAGGAUUUGGGGUGGGUUCCCGCUAAGUUCUACUUAAUGCACAUUCGCAGCAUGGAAUCCAAGCACUUACAAUACCACUUUACCCAAAGAAUUCUGGGAGAUGCAGUUUGUAGAGGUUGCUGAGAAUUGUUAGGAGACCCCUGUUCCAGAGCCACGGUUGCCAGAGAGGUUAAUAAUUACAACCACAACAACAACAGCAACAACAACAACAACAACAUAAUUUAUUAUUUAUACCCCGCCCAUCUGGCUGGGCUUCCCCAGCUACUCUGGGUGGCUUCCAACAAAAUAUUAAAAUACAGUAACGCAUCAAACAUUCAAAGCUUCCCGAAAGAGGGCUGCCUUCAGAUGUCUUUUAAAAGUCUGGUAGUUGUUCUCUUUGACACCUGGUGGGAGGGCGUUCCACAGGGCAGGUGCCACUACCGAGAAGGCCCUCUGCCUGGUUCCCUGUAACUUGGCUUCUCACAGUGAGGGAACCGCCAGAAGGCCCUCGGCGCUGGACCUCAGUGGCCGGGUAGAACUAUGGGGGUGGAGACGCUCCUUCAGGUAUACUGGACCGAGACCGUUUAGGGCUUUAAAGGUCAGCAGCAACACUUUGAAUUGUGCUUGGAAACAUACUGGGAGCCAGUGUAGGUCUUUCAAGACCAGUGUUAUGUGGUCUCGGCAGCUGCUCACAGUCACUAGUCUAGCUGCCGCAUUCUGGAUUAGUUGUAGUUUCCGAAUCACCUUCAAAGGUAGCCCCAUGUAGAGCGUAUUGCAGUAGUCCCAAGCGAGAGAUAACUAGAGCAUUCACCACUCUGGCUAGACAGUCCAUGGGGCAGUUAGGGUCUCAGCCUGCAUACCAGAUGGAGCUGGUAGACAGCCGCCCUUGACACAGAAUUGACUUACACCUCCAUGGACAGCUGUGAGUCCAAAAUGACUCCCAGGCUGCGCACCUGGUCCUUCAGGGGCACAGUUACCCCACUCAGGACCAGGGAGUCCUCCACACCUGCCUGCCUCCUGUCCCCCCAAAACAGUACUUCUGUCUUGUCAGGAUUCAACCUCAGGAAUCUAAUCUAAUCUAAUCCUCAGGAAUCUAAUCUUAUCAAGAUUUCUGACACCAUUGUUCUGUGGGAUAAUUGACCGGGAACCUCUUUGGCCUUACCUAUUGCCAUCUUGAUGCUGAGCAAACCCAGUAGCGACGGUGUGGAGAUUUCUGGGUGCCAGGUUGGCACGGGGCAACCUGCGCAGCAAAAGAUGCAUGCCUUUUGCUCCUGCGCUGUGGCACAAAUCAUGGGCACCUUGCUGGGCAUCUUAGUCCUCCGUCACAUCAGGCCAACCAAGUGGAGCUCACAGGCCACAGUUUAGAACCCCUGGCCUUAGUCCAUGGUUAAUACCAUUUCUAUUUUCACCGUGUGUGUUUCUCUUCCUUGCACACUGGGGCAAGUGAAUUGUUGUCAGAGCAAGCUACAGCCAAGCAAUGUCGUUGAGAUCGUAGCGUUGGAAGGGACCCGAGGGUCAUCUAGUCCAACCCCCGGAAUAUGGACGUUCUGUUGUGGCAACCGCACCCCAGGUUUAAGGGGCUGUUUGGUGCCUAGCUUAUAUAUCUGAGUUUCUAACACUGUUCCUGAUAGAGGUCUCUUUGCAUUGAAUGGGAAAUGAGUGUCUUUGUGCGGGGUGGUGGGAAAGGCUUUUUGGGGGUUAUAAAGCAUUGGGUCAGAAGAGGAAAUGGGGAAGGCAAGUAGCAGGACAUCUGCUUUGCAUGUAGAAGGUCCCAGGUUAAGUCUCCAGGAGAGGACUGUCCCCAAAAGCCCAGAGAGCCAGGCUAGAAAAUGCAGAGCUAGAUAGGAACAAUGGCCUGGUUUGCCAUAAGGCAAAUGGCAUCAGCUCCCAAACUGCAGAGAGAAGCCUUUCAAAUUAUGAUAAAUAUUUGGCAUCCAUCUGUCUCGGUGGACAAUGGAAGAGUGCGCCUUCGGGGGCGAAGUCAAAACUGUUGGAGAGUUACAGUGCCUGCUGUGGCUGUAGAGACUGAUACGGGAGAGACAUGUUUUGUUGCAGCCGGGGCAGAUGAAGGCGUCCGGUUUUGCUGUUACAAAUGCACCAUGCCAUUUCUUCUCUCUGCGCUCCUCCCAGGGGUCAUUCCUCUGGUCGCUGCUAUGGAUGCAUGGUCUGUUGUCUGCAAGGGAUUCCCACAUGGCGGGGUUGAUGUUGCCAGCCUUUGGGUCACAUUUGCAGACAUCUUAGUAUCGCAGAGUUGGUCUGCCAGUGGACUGGGUGCCUCAGGCCAGGUCCCCGCAGAGCGCAUCCCUGGGGGAUCCUGCCAUCUUCCAUUCUGUGGACAUGUCUUAGCCAAGACAGGAGUGUAGAUUUUGUAGCAGAGUGGCUUUUUCUACUCCUUUGGGAUUGGUUGAAGAGAACCAGUGUCCUUUGACAUCUGUCCUUCUGUGCGGCAGUGAAGAUAACUUCCUGUUUUACAAUAUCCAGGCUUCCAGACAAGAAAUUUAGGGUUGUUGAGGCAAACAUUCCAAAGGGCUCAAAUUACCUUCUUAGUUUGGCAGAUGCCUUUGACGGGAUAGCAAGCUUCUGAGUCACACAGAAGCCGCCUUCACAUAAGGGCCAGGAAGCCUGCCGUGGGCAUAACUGGAAUAUUUCACACGACUUCACAGGGCUAGUCUCAGCGCUAUCUUGUUUUGCCAAAGGGUUUGGCAAUAUGCUGUACUGUAAGGGUGUGUGUAGGUACGCGGGUGGCGCUGUGGGUUAAACCACAGAGCCUAGGACUUGCUGAUCAGAAGGUCGACGGUCCGAAUUCCCGUGAUGGGGUGAGCUCCUGUUGCUCGGUCCCAGCACCUGCCAACCUAGCAGUUUGAAAGCACGUCAAAGUGCAAGUAGAUAAAUAGGUACCGCUCCGGCGGGAAGGUAAACGGCGUUUCCGUGCGCUGCUCUGGCUUGCCAGAAGCGGCUUAGUCAUGCUGGCCACAUGACCCAGAAGCUGUACGCCGGCUCCCUCGGCCAAUAAAGCGAGAUGAGCGCCGCAACCCCAGAGUCGGCCACGACUGGACCUAAUGGUCAGGGGUCCCUUUACCUUUUAAGGGUGUGUGUGGAAGAUAAUUAAAAGUUCAGUUUCCCUAUGCAUUAGUUAGCUCUUAAAACUGUUGUUAGUGGCUGUAAUGCAGUUAAGAUGGCUGAAAGGAGAUUGUUCUUUUACACACACCCUGACUUUAUCCUUUCAGCAGCUCCUUCUGCUCAAGCAAGCCUUAAUUUCUGAGGGUCAUUUUUGCGAGGGAGGAGAGAGAAAUGGGGAGCACCUCUCUCUGUGGCUUCCUUCCAAGCUCUGUUGUCACAGAUUGCUCAUUUAUCCCUUGCUCCCAAGACUGGCCAUUGCAGGGUUGAGAUGGCAUCAUCAUUCAAGGGACUGGAUGCAAAUCCACAUCUGUACAGUAGUGGUAAGUGCAAUAGUGUGCUUUUUUAUGAGCUUUUGUUCCAGGAUGAUUGACACAGCGUGCAUACAGGUGUGCUCUUAUGGAGGUGGCAGCGAGGAAUACUUUGUUCAUAAGAUCUGAGCAUCCUUUAUUCCAGUAUCAACUGGCAGGCAGCCCAUUUGAACCAGUUGUGGGUGGUGCCUCGCCCCCGCCCCCCCCCCCCGGGAGGCAAAGGGAGACCAAAUGACUAUCGGACUCAAAAAAAGCUGGUUUCGCCGGGUGUCAAGUUCAUCCAUUUUGUUGAAUUAAUUAAACUAAACAGUUUCAGUUGGAUUUUGAAUAAAUGCAAAUAAUUGCUGCUGUUUUGAACUUGAUGUGUUGUUAUCUUCCAUAGGGGGCUGUGCAAACUACAAUUCUGAAUAAUGCUUUUUAUUAGGGUGGGGGGCACCGGGGGCACGUUUAUAGAACCAAGGAGGUGGUGGUUGGAAAAAGUUCAGAAACCACUGAUUUAAAAUUUGGCUGAGAGCGGAACCUGUCUUUCCCAGGAGGUUAUCCAUAGCUGCAACCUGAGCCUAUUUUGGAACUAUCUUCAGCUAGGGACAGUGGUAUCAAAAUGCUUUAUUUUCUUUUCUUUUAAAAAGGGCAAAACAUGGUUUGAAGCUCUUGGACCAGAUGAUCUUUGUGGUCCCUUCAAACUCUACAGUUCUAUGAUUCUGUGAUCCCAGAGAUGCUGGAAAGGAUGAAUAUUUGUUUUAUACAUUAGCCCAGCGUGUUUUGGCUCAAGUGACCCUCCUUCAGCGGCUUAUAUCUUGCCCUGUAAGGUCUCUUAAAAUUGGAUGGUCCUUGAGCAGCUUUCAAAGAAACAAGCGAGAUAAGCCCCUGGAGAAAGCUCGCUGCAGCUGAAGUGCGUUGGGUUAAUAUAAUUAAUAGCUGAUACGUCCUCUGUUUGAGGACCAUAUAUAUAUUGAAAAGAUUUUUGGGAACUGGGAGAUGGAAUAAAGGCAUGCUUCAUCCACUCCAUAUACCCAUAAGUUUUCAUCCUGCAAAACAAAACAAAUAUCCCUUUGGACUAGCCUUACGAUCCACUGGGUUCCUGUCCUGGGAGAAGGACGGAGAGCUGCACCCUUUCCCGCCAUCUUCCUCCAGCCCACUUACUUACUUGCCUGGACACAAUUCCUUGUUGCCCGACUACGAGGCUGCUUUUCUCCUUUGGCGAGAAGUGGGGGGGCGGCUGAGAAGUUUGCAGCCUAAGCAGAACAGGGUUAGGCUUGUACGGAGGCCAAGAACGUCUCUGUGGUUUUAAUUGUUCUACUUUGACUCGUCCGUUCUUACAUUAGAACAUGCGACUUAACAACCCCCAGUUUCGCUUAGAUGCCUGUUUGGGCUGCCUAUAUUAAGGCCUACAUUUAAAGCAGGAUUGAUGGAAUGUUCUUACGUUCAUUGUCAGAUGGCGAUUGAUUUUUGCUUUUCUGUUCGCUUAAAAUUAUUUCCCCUCCCCCUUUUUAAAACUGCAAGCGUAAAUAAAAUCUUGGAGUGGUUUUCACUUGCUGUGUGAGCCAUGCAUUUUUUAUUUUAUUUUUUGUAAAUAUAUAUUAAUUUCAUUAAAACUCUUUAGUCCUGCACCUUCCAUCAAUAGCUGGCUGUGGCUGAUGGGAUUUGUAGUCCAAUACAUUGAGAGAGCACCAAGUUGGGGAAGGCUUUCUUAAGGAUAGCUGCUAUGGUGUGGUUAGAACAGGGAUGGGAGCCCGUGGCCCUCCAGAUGUUGUAAAACCCCAGCUCCCAUCAGCCCAAGCCCGUUUGGCCAGUGGUCAGGGAUGAUGGGAGUUGUAGUCCAGCAGCAGACUGUAGGGCCACUCCAGUUCCCCAUCCAUGGGUUAGGUAGGAUGUUGGACUAGGAAUGGCUGCAAAGCUUCCUGGCUGACCUAUCUCACUGCCUGACCAGCCUCGCAGUGUUGUCGUGAGGAUGAAAUGGGAAGAGGGAAGAAACUCUGAACUCUUUGGAAGAAAAGUGAAAAAUAGAAAUUACUCUUUAAUAGUGAACGCAGGUGGUCAGAUACAUAUUGGUUUUUUGGGGAGAAGGGUCACAUACGAAUCAGAGAGCAGUUUUAGUUUCAGUUUUAAGUUUUGUUUAUCAUUGCAUCUAGGGCCGGGGAUUUAAUUAGAUUGCCUUGUUUAAUGGUAUGAUUGAGUAUAUGAUGGGUUAGGAAGAGCGAGUUUAUUUUUAUUUUUUGCUUGCUUAUGCUAUUUUAAAAAUGUGUGGUUUUUACUGAAUUUUGUUGAUUUUUUAUUUAUAAUUUAAGAGGAUGCCCUGUUUAGCUGUCCGUUGCGGUCUAUAAUGUAGACUUUUUCUGGGUUUUUUUGUUGUACUUGAGCGUUGUGAUUUAAGGUAUGUUGUAAAACACUUAAUGAUUUUUGAAAAGUGGUGCUCAGUCUAAAAAAACAAGCUUUUUUUUGCCUUGUACUGUGUGGAAAAUGGUUUCUUGAGCUUCUUUGUUCUGUGAACUUCUAGUCAUAUUUUGAAUUGUGGUAGGGUGGCAAUGUGGAUUUCAUUGCAUGUUUUAAAAAAUGUACUGCCCUUUUAAAAUGCUCCCCGCUGCAAAAGUAUUUUGUAAAUAAAUGGUUAAGGAUGUUUCCACAUCUCUAGGCAUUUGUGUCCUAAAGUAUUAUUUGCUCUGCAGUUUUAAGUUAUAUUGCCGCUGGUCGCUGCGUUUUAUUUAUUGGUUUAAAGCACUGUCUUGUUAUAUGAGUGUGUUUUUUUUUGGUCAUAAUUAUUGUAAGAAAAUAAAAUGGAAAGCUUGGGUGAUGUGCAAUGCCCCUGACAAGCUUAUAGUUUCCUGGAGGAAGGCAUCACAGCCUGGAUCAUAGAACUGCAGUCAUAGAAUCAUAGAACUGUAGACCUGGAAGGGACCAUGGGGUCAUCUAGUCCAACCCCCUGCAAUGCAGGAAUCUUUUUGCCGAGCGUGCGGCUUGAACCCACAACGCUGAGAUUAAAAUUCUUGUGCUCUAUUGAGUUAUCCCAGGAGUCCUUCCACUAGGGCAGGCAUAGGCAAACUCUGCCCUCCAGAUGUUUUGGGACUACAACUCCCAUCAUCCCUAGCUAAGAGGACCAGUGGUCAGGGAUGGUGGGAAUUGUAGUCCCAAAAGAUCUGGAGGGCCGAAUUUGCCUAUGCCUGCACUAGGGAGUGAGAGAAUCCACUGCCCUGAUUAAGUAAAGAAAUCUUAAAUUAUCUCCAUUAUCUGCUUUUAGGUGCUAGGCAAUGACAUUCAUCUUCAGGCGUAUGGCUCUUAAUUAGGGUCUUAUGGCAUGGUUGCCAUAUAUAUCAGGGCACUUGUCCCCUUUAUGUUAUUGCAGGAUGAGCAGUUUUAGUCAAGUGGAAAGAACCCCCUCGGAAAGCAGUGGACUCUCCUUCCUUGGAGAUUUUUAAGCGGGGGUUGGAUAGCCAUCUGUCAGGGAUGUUUCAGUUCUGAUUCCGGCAUUGCAAGCGGCUGAGAAGUCAAAUAUGUUCUGCAAUGUUGCCGAUAAACCUCUGGUCGAUGGCCUUUGGGGUCCCUUCCAACUUUACAAUUCUGUGUUUCUAAGUAACGCUUUUUUAAUCUUUCGGGUGUGUUUUAAGUUUUAAGUUUUGUUAGCUGUGAGAAUUUUUUGUAGCAAGCGACAAAGAAAUACAAGGCUAAUGUUUGAAUUUAACCCCAUGACCUCUUUUGUGUCAUCCGGCUUCUGUCUCUGUAUUACUGUGUUUGCCUUCCCCGUCUCUGGUUUUCUUCCCACUACCAAGUGGGGGGGGGGGGGAAUCUAGAUUGUAAUCUCCUCAGGGCAGGGACCUCUCUUUUUCUGGUUUAUGUUAAUCCUGCAAAGUACAGUGGUACCUCGGGUUAAGAACUUAAUUUGUUCCGGAGGUCCAUUCUUUUUUUUUUAAUAACUUUUUUAUUCAAAAUUAAAACAAAACAUAUUAUCCAGAAACAUAUCAUCCUUGUUUCCCCCCAUUUUUCCUCCCUCCCCCUCCCUCCCCCCACAGAGCCCCCCCACCCCCGACUUCCCUCAGUUCCAGUCUUUGAUUUCUCUAAAAAUGCUGUUUUCUGCAUGUUACACAGUUGUAUAGAUCCUCAAACUAUUUAGCUGAUUAUUAUCAAUAUAAACUUUGUGAAUGUUUAUUCAAAACCAGCCAAGGAGUCCAGUUCACUUUGUUGCGUCUUCAAAUACUUUGUAAAGGGUUCCCAUUCAUCCUUAAAGUCACAGUUAUCCUUGUCCUGUAGCUUGUAUGUAAGUUUUGCCAGUUCUGCAUAGUCCAUCAAUUUUUCUUGCCAUGAUUCUUUCUGGAGGUCCGUUCUUAACCUGAAACUGUUCUUAACCUGAGGUACCACUUUAGCUAAUGGGGCCUCCCGCUGCUGCCGCCGCACGAUUUCUAUUCUCAUCCUGAAGCAAAGUUCUUAACCCGAUGUACUAUUUCUGGGUUAGCGGAGUCUGUAACCUGAAGCGUCUGUAACCUGAGGUACCACUGUAUCAUGUUGUAAGAGGGUGCUAAGUAGCAUUCUCUGAGGCCACAUCCACACCAUUUAUUUAAAGCACUGUGGUCCCACUCAAAACAUUCAUGGCUUCCCCCAAAGAAUUCUGGGAACUGUAGUUUAAGAAUGCAGAGAGUUGUUGGGAGACCUCAUUCUCCUCCCAGAGCUAUAAUCCCCAGAGUUCCCUGGAAAGACUGGUUGUUAAACUACCCUGGGAAGGAAAUAGGGGUCUCCUAGCAACCAAAGCUCUCCAUAUGCUAUUGGACUACAGCUCCAAUCAUCUCUCAGGGCUGCUCAGGCUAGCUGGGGUUGAUGGGAGCUGUAGUUCAAGACAUUUGGGGAAAACCAAGUUGGGGGAGGCUGAUAGGCUCUCUCCGGGAGUGGAUCUCCAGGGUCCUGGCAGGUGGUGGGCAAGACCCCUUUCCGCUUCCACGAAAGCCACUUCACUGGAAAUUUCCAGGGAUUUAUUGUGGGGGUUUUGGUGUGCAAAACUUGCCCACGGGUCAUGAGCAGUAUUAGAAACUCAGAUAAAUAAGCUAGGUGCCAAAUGGCUCCUUAAACCAGGGUUAUGGUCGCCAAAACCGACGGCUUUGGGGUUCCUGAAAUUCAUUCUGAUUGUGCAUUUAACAUAUCACGGAUAGAAUUCUACAUUCUAUGUGGCAUUAGUGUGAGAAAACAGUCCCCCGGGCAUGUAGCUCCAGAUGGUGGAGAUGUCGGACAUCAUCCUGGCGCCCAGACAUCUUCACUUGGUCGCAAAAUGCACCUGGUAAAUUUCAGACGCUGGCAUGAGCCCGCUCCCCAUGAAGAAAGACCCCUUGUUGCUUCCUGAAAGUUCUGACACACUGGCAUGUUGCUGGGGUGUGUUUGUGCGUGUGUGCAGAAAUCCCAGAUCUGGAAACUGUUCAGCAGAGAAAUCUCCAAUUUAGGUCAUAUUAUUAUUGCUGCUGCUAUUGGCAAUUAUUUGCCGCUAGCAAUGGUUAAGAUGACUGUCAUUAGCACCCAAAAUCCUUUUCAACGCUCUUGGUGCUGGGCACCCCCCUCGCUCACAACCAUCCUGGGAGGCAAAGUUAUUAAGAGCCUUGGGCUGUUGUUUUUUCCAGUAUCACUGAGGCAGGUAGAGCAGAAGGGAGGUUGUUGUUGUUGCUGUUUAUUGAAUUUAUAUACAGUGGUACCUCAGGUUAAGUACUUAAUUCGUUCUGGAGGUCCAUUCUUAACCUGAAUGUUCUUAACCUGAAGCACCACUUUAGCUAAUGGGGCCUCCUGCUGCCGCCGCGCCACUGCAGCACAAUUUCUGGUCUCAUCCUGAAGCAAAGUUCUUAACCUGAAGCACUAUUUCUGGGUUAGCGGAGUCUGUAACCUGAAGCGUAUGUAACCUGAGGUACCGCUGUACUGCCCUAUACCUGGAGCUCUCAGGGCUGCUCUGUUCUUAAAAAACUGCAUUAAAUGCCUGAGCUUUGACCAGUUUGUUUCCUGUGGUUUUUUCCCGGCGACCUGCUGCCCGGGAUAUGGUUGCAUGAGCGCCAGGAUGCUGUGGGUGUCCUUGCGCAUUUUUAUUUUUGAGCCGGAGGUUUGCAAGGAACGGGAUUGGCUCCUUGAGAGGUUUACGUCAGGCCUGCCACCUGAGGUCCCUGUCUGGGGAAAGGGAGUGCGUGCACCAUUAUUGCGCUGUGCAUGUCUGUGCUCUGAGGAAUCCUGUGUUUACGUGCAUGUGAAUCGGAACUGCUCCCUCGAUUGCCCCAGCUGGCGAGCGCUGGCCUGGCGUUUUUUGGCAAGUCCACAAAGCGUGCUUUCACGCUCUCCCCCCCCCCCCCCGCUCUCCCCUUGUGUAAAAUGUGCCAGGGGAUCUGGGAGCCAGGAGCACCCAGGGGCAGAGGCUGUUUGUUUGUUUGUUUGUUUACUCAGCCUUGUAAAUCCACCUGUUAUUAGAGACUAGGAGCUUGCGUUUCAGUCCUGGCCCCAGUUGCAUCCUCAUUUGCGGCCUGCAUAGAAACUGGCAACGGGAUCGUUGAAAACAGUUGCUUUUUUCCUGCAUUGCAUUGGGUUUGAUGAGGAUUGCAGGAUUGAACCUGGAAUGCAGAGCAGGUUCCCUAAGUUUCUUUCAUUCAGGUGGCCUCAAGAAUUCAGCUUGUAAACUUGCUUGUCAUUCAUUUAAUUGGGGACUAGUUAGCGUGCUGGAACAUUGGGGCACUCGAAACCAGAGCAGUUUAACUAAAGAUCUGAAUUCUAGAGUGCAGGAGAGUGAUCUGUCGAACUUCAAAUAACUCAGUAAUGAACCUUAUCAACUCCUUGGCAAGCUCGCAGAUCCGUCCAAGGCGGAGAGGUAAAGGGCGAAAACAGGUUAUUGGGACGGUGUGAUCUAUGCAGCUGCUGUUAAAGUUGCAAAACAAUGAAGCAUGGGGAUGGAGCAAUGGAGAACCUCUAAAAUCACAGUGGAAUAUUAGUUCUGCCCAAGGCAUGAUUGGAAAAGAUAGACAUAAUAUAUUACGAGGACAGAAAGAAACACCAUGGAUCGAAUAAUUGCCACACACAGGCACAGGUAAAGCAAGAAUAUACUUUGAAUGCUGCACCUGUAGAUUUAGAAAUCAUUUAAUGUGUCAAUACGAAUGGAAGUCGUUCAUAUUGCAGUUGUUGUGUAAGGGAUUGUCAUUUUGACUGGAGUGCAAUUGAAAUUAAUAUUAGGAAUGCAGACAUAAAGUAAAUCAAACCAUCAAUUCUAGCACUCAGAAGGCCAUCUAAAUUAUAUAAUUUGGCAUCUGAAUGAUUGGUACAGUGGUACCUUGGUUCUCGAACAUAAUCCGUUCCAGAAGUCUGUUUGACUUCCAAAAUGUUCGAAAACUAAGGGGCAGCUUCUGAUUUGCACAGGCGCCCCGGAAUCAAUAGCUGGCACCGGACGUUCGGCUUCCAAAAAAUGUUCAGAAACUGGAACACUUACUUCUGGGUUUUCGGCGUUCGGGAGCCAAAAUGUUCGAAUACCAAGGCGUUCGAGAAUCAAGGUUCCGCUGUAUCAGUACAGUGGUACCUCGGGUUACAUACGCUUCAGGUUACAUAUGCGUCAGGUUACAUACGCUUCAGGUUACAGACUCUGCUAACCCAGAAAUAGUACCUCGGGUUAAGAACUUUGCUUCAGGAUGAGAACAGAAAUCGCACAGCGGCAGCGGGAGGCCCCAUCAGCUAAAGUGGUGCUUCAGGUUAAGAACAGUUUCAGGUUAAGAACAGACCUCCAGAACGAAAUAAGUACUUAACCCGAGGUACCACUGUAAUUGUAUUAUAAUUUGGCAUUGUUAUAAUGAGGCUAUUAUUGGAUUAUUGUAAUUGAAAAUGAAUAUAUUUAUUUGCUUGGGGGCAGGCUGUUCAUGUGUUAGUAUGGCGAGCCUCGCAUCCGGCUGCUGGGGCUUUUCCACUGUCAUCAAAGACCUUGUUAAGCUUGGACACAAGGACGCUGCCUUGUACUGUGCCGACCUAGUUCAGAACUGUCAGUCCUGACUGAUAGAGGUUAUUCAGGGGUUUCAGACAAAGGUCUCUAAACCUGGGGCUUUGGCACACAAAGUGAAUGCUCUCCCACCGAGCUGCAACCUCUCUGUGCCCUUGGGUUUUCUUGUGUUUUUCUUUCUUUCUUCUAAACUUAUGUGACUAGGCAGAGUCAUAGCUGUCAACUUACAGAUUUGAAAAUAAGGGACCAGCAGCCUCGAAAAUAAGGGAUCAGCAGCCAAAAUAAGGGAUUUUGCUUAACGUAUACAGAAAUCCGGCGCUGAUGGAGCCAUGCUGCUUUGGCUGCCACCGACUGUGUUUUGCAGGGGGUUGGACUAGAUGAUCCUAAGGGUCUACAACUCCCACCAAAGAAGAGGGGCAGACAAAACUGAUGAACAACGUUGAGAUGGCAAAGCUUACAGGCAGAAUUAGAAACCAGGAAGUGGACCUCUUUAAUAAAGAAUGGGGAAAGUUUAUAAUUUAGUUGAAAAGCUAUCGUAAAGAGUUACAUACAUUGGUAGGAUUGACAGAAAACUUGUAGUAAAAAUUUGAACUAUGGAUGGACAAAUGAUUUAUAAAAAUAGAGUUAUGAAAGGGAUGCAGAGGGGGAAAUCACUACAUUAAGAUGCUACACUGGUUGGAGGGUAUGCUAAGCAGCACGUCGUGGGCUGCCGUCGUCCUGGCGCGAGGAGUUCCAUCAGCCCUUCCCCGCCCGAGAGAGAGGCGGGAUGCGGCGCCGCUGAAGCGCCGCUCUUCUGCGUCCCUCCCCAUCCCCUCCUCUUCCUCCUCCCUCAGGCUUCCUCCUCAGCCGCCGCCACUGCUGCCGCCUCCGGCUUCCCCUGGCAGUGUGGCGGAUGUCUCGCAAGAGAGGGGCUGCCUGCCCGCCCACCACCACCCGUCUCCUCAUGACGCGCCCGAGGGGGAAAAGGGAGAGAUGGAGACACGGCAGCUCGUGCGCUCUCUCUCUCUCGCGGCGGAGGACCCUGAGCCGCUGCUUCCAUCCCGAGCAUGAAAUCUGGGAAAUUUAAAGGACAUCAUCAGUAAGGGACAGCAGUGGGACACGGCGCUGGGAUAAGGGAGUUUCCUGCCAAAUAAGGGACAGUUGACAGCUAUGGGCAUUGCCUUCCGUUCCCUGACAGACACGUGUUGACAAUCUGCUGUAAGGCGGCGAGACCCGCCCUCCCUCCCUUGUGUGCCCUCGAGAUGUGCACUUGGUCGGGCACGGAAAGAGGAGGAGACAAAAGUUACGUUGCACAAGCGGGGCUGGCGCAGCGUUUGAUGCAACCCGCAAUGCCUUAACGGCCAAAGGCUGGGAUUCGGGACGUGUCUUCAGCAUACGGCAAACGCUGUGCAGUGGGAAUGCCAGAAGGCUGCAAAUUUAGGGGCUGCCACAGUCUUCUAACAAAUCUCCAGAUUGGUGAGGUGGGGAAAAGGAAGGGAUCUUUCCUUUUGCACAAGAGGAAGUAUUUCCACUCAUGUAAUGGCUUUCUUGGAGUCGGCCCAUUAAUGUGUCCUGUGUUCUACUCUUCCCAUAAAUGAUAGAAUUAUAGAAUUUUGGCGGUGGAAGGGUCUGCAAGAGUCAUUGAGUCCACCCCCUGGAAUUCAGGAAUCACAGCUAGGGAAUCCCUGACUGCCCUCUUUCCGCCUUUCUUACAGACGCCCCUUUUGAAUCUCUGCUUGUCCGAAAGCUCCUUGAGAAAUCUUAGUUUGUUUAUCAAGAAGCAGCCCACAAAUAAAAAAUUAGUGGUCAGAUUUGUCUACCUUGGCUCCCCCCCAGCUGGGUACCCUCCAGAUGUUUUUGAACUACAGCUGGGUUGGCAGAAGAUGUGGUUCAAAGCAUCAGGAGGUCACCAGGUGUCUAAGGCCGAGACGCACCGUCAACACUGGAGUUAGCUCUUUAUUAGAAAAGAGGCAGUCUUCCCAGACUAAUGAAGUGUCAGGCCUAAUGAGCCCAGCAGCUCAUUCUCAGUAGGUCUGGACCCAUGAAUCAGUUGCUGAGGCUGAAGAUCUCCCCACAGCCGUUUAAAAGUUGCCUCCUCUCCAAGCAAUCGGAGACUUUGCCUACAUGCAGCCAACCUCUCCUCUGUUCUUUUCAUGCCUCUCUCAGUCCUGGGAAACCAGAGGGGAGGAGAGCUUGUCGCAGCAGGAUGGGGAGACUCACCUCUGCCUCUUGACCUCCUCUCCUGCUUCUGAUUCUGGAUUUCUUUCUGCCCCCCCCCCACUAUACCCUGUUACGUCCACAGCUUCAGACACCACCACCUCCCAGUCUUCUCCCUCUGACCGCUCAUCGUUGUCCCACCACCGCUCCCCGGGCUCUGUGCUUUCCCGCCCCUGGUGGUUCCUCAGCUGGUUCCUCCCACCAUUCCUCUGCGUCCACCCAGCCCGUGACUUCACGCUGGGGGAAGGCUGCUUUUUGCAAUGGUUUGCUCUGUUCCCAAGAUCUCAGGCCUCUAACCUCUCUGGAGCCCGCAGUGGCAGUUGUGAACGUAACUUAAGUGCAGAAGCACUUUCUUUCUUUCUUUCUCGUUCUUUCUUUCUUUCUUUCUUUCUUUCUUUCUUUCUUUCUCUCUCUCUCUCUCUCUCUCUCUCUCUCUCUCUCUCUCUCUCUUUUGCAUCUGGCCAUAAAUCCUGAGCUGGGACUCACAGGGAAAGGCCAGGCCUCUCUCUGCGCUCAGGAGUUGGAUUGGGCAAGUUUGGUGGAGGAACGAACUGCGCCGCCUUUGUUCCUCUUCCAAACUGCCUCAUUAACAUGAUCAGUUAACACCUGCCCGCGGUAUCUCAUUUCUGGCAUGCGUCUCUGCCUCUUUACCAAUCUUAAUCCUUUAAAAAAGAAAGGGAAAAAAGGAAAGAAAUGUGUUUGGAAAAUGGAAGACGCGAAGCCCAGGAUCCCAGUUGUUGUUGUUCUUCUUCUUGGGCCACUUGUAGUGGUUAAGAAAGGUAGACCCGUAAUCUGGUGAACCGGGUUCGCUUCCCCGCUCCUCCACAUGCAGCUGCUGGGUGACCUUGGGCCAGUCACGCUUCUCUGAAGUCUCUCAGCCCCACUCAUCUCACAGAGUGCUUGUUGUGGGGGAGGAAGGGAAAGGAGGAUGUUAGCCGCUUUGAGACUCCUUCGGGUAGUGCUAAAGCGGGAUAUCAAAUUCAAACUCUUCUUCUUCUUCUUCUUCUUCUUCUUCUUCUUCUUCUCUCUAAGAACUCCAAGGGUCCUUGCCUGUCCCUAGACCUUUCUUUUGCAUUCUGUGCCUUUCUGAGAACAGUUGUUUUAGCGGGGAAGUGAGAGAGUUCCAGUUACUGGCAGGGUGUCUCCAAAAAGGGGUUCAUGGCGGUACAGGAAUCUGCAGUACUAGCCUGUGAAUUCAAAGCCCCAUUAAAUUCAGUGGGGCUUAACCUCAAGUAAAUGUGGGUUGUGGCCUUCUCCCAGCACGGUGAGCUCCAUAUUGUUUUGUUUUGUUUAUUAUUAUUAUUAUUAUUAUUAUUAUUAUUAUUAUUAUUGACUUAAGAAAAUUAUACAGACAGCAAAACGAAGAAGCCUAAAUGAACAUUGCCUUUUACCGAUAAGAAAUAAUAAUGAUUACAGUAAUGAAAAUACUAAAAAUACAUUUACUUCCCCUUUUGAACUUCUGUUCUGGUUACAAUAUAUUACUGUUCUAUAAGAAUCUAUUAUAUCCUUUGCUGUCCCAUAUAUUACAGUGGUACCUCAGGUUAAGUACUUAAUUCGUUCCGGAGGUCCGUUCUUAACCUGAAGCACCACUUUAGCUAAUGGGGCCUCCUGCUGCUGCCGCGCUGCCGGAGCACGAUUUCUGUUCUCAUCCUGAAGCAAAGUUCUUAACCUGAGGUAUUAUUUCUGGGUUAGUGGAGUCUGUAACCUGAAGCGUAUGUAACCUGAAGCGUAUGAAACCUGAGGUACCACUGUAUUUUAUUUCCCAAAUUCAACCUAACCCUCCCCACUGCUUCCCUUCACCUGUGUGAGAUCUUCCCAUCCUAAUAUUUUUUCUGGUUGCUUUAAUAAAAUAGAAUAACAUGAAAACUGUUAAAUAUAAUUACUUCUUUUGUCCUCACACACUUAACAAUUGCCUAUUAAGAGUUCUGCUUUAACACCAUAUUUCUUCAUGUACAGUUUUCCCCUAUGCAUUCCCAUUCUGUAUAGAUUUUUUGAUUGGCGCAGCCCCUGAUUGAUGCAGUCAUUUUUGCCAGCUCCAUAAUGUUUUGGGCUCCCUCCACUGGAGUUGCAGCCCAAAGUAUGUGGAGGACAUCAGGUCAGUGAAGACAUCAGGCUGGUGUCUAGGGCUGCAGCCUUAAACGUUUCCUUAUUCCAGUCCUUUCCUUCUUUCCCACUCCACUUCCAGAACUGGAUUCUGCCCUUGGUGUGCAAGGAAACAGAAAUUUUCCAGUGCGGAGAACCUUUUUCACCCGAGGACCGUAUUCCUUCCUAGGCAAACUUUCAAUGGCCACAUGCAAGCGGCGGGUGUGAUGGUCGUGUCCCAGCCGCCCUGGGUCCCAGGCCACCAGCUGUGGUUCUCCUGUGUGGUUUCCACCAGUAACAUCUCGAGUUCUUCCCCUUGUGGUCCUGGUAGAUGCCUAGGUGAGCAUGGCUGCCUUGUUCUCUGCCCUUUGCUUCUCUGGACAACCUGCUCCUGAGCAUUUGCUGCUUCCAUAGUUCUUCUUGUUGGGAAAGAUGGAGGGCACAAGGAGAAGGGGACGACAGAGGACGAGAUGGUUGGACAGUCUUCUCGAAGCUACCAGCAUGAGUUUGACCAAACUGCGGGAGGCAGUGGAAGACAGGAGUGCCUGGCGUGCUCUGGUCCAUGGGGUCAUGAAGAGGCGGACACGACUAAAUGACUAAACAAUAGUUCUUCUUUGGCGAUCACUCGUAGCCGAGUAAGAUUGUCUUCCAUAAACACGGUUUUAACAAUGAGUCCGUAAGUGAUUAUGGAGGCCAAUUCUGGAUCCACACGUCCUUCCACAGUGGGGACAUUGGUUUCCGGGCAGGAGUUGAUCACGGUGUGGAUUUGCCAAGCGUGACUUCCACUUAGCACAUUUCUCCCUUGCGUCCUGAGCUUGAGUGUCUUCACAGCCCAUGACACCUUUGGUAAAGGCUGUUCUCCAACGGGAGCUCUCGCAAGCAGUGUUUCCCAGUUGUUGGUGUUUAUACUACAUUUUUUUAGAUUUGCCUUGAGAGAGUCUUAAAACCUCUUCUGUUGACCACCAGCAUUACGCUUUCCAUUUUUAAGUUCGGAAUAGAGUUGUUGCUUCGGAAGAGGAUAACCAGGCAUCCGCACAACAUGACUAGUCCAAUGAAGAAAGGGAACCCCGGGGGUCAUCUAGUCCAACCCCCCCUUGCAAUGCACCCAUGGCAGAUGGCGAUCCAAUUUCUGCUUUAAAACCUCCCAAUGGAGUCUGUUCCACUGUUGAAUUGCUCUUACUUGCAAUUCCGCCCCCAGUAGGAUUCGCACAGAGCUGCACGCUGCAGUUUCACAACUGAUUUAUCCAUGCCGCCUGGCAGUGGUUCACGCUGGAAUAUGUUUGCCAGAGACAAAAGCACCUGCCCUUUGUUCCACAGAAGAUAUGUGAGACUGAAUCAAAGGCACAUGCGUUUGCCGCUGUCCCCUAGACAUGGGCUCAGUGUGUCUCUGUUGCCAUUUUCCAAGAGGGUGUAGGUUUGGCCUGACUGAGGUUUGUGCGUCCCCACUCUGGUUGUCUCUGUAGGUAAAACAUUUUAUUCUCUUCUUGUUUCCUUCAGUAGGAAAGGACCCAAGCCCUUAUUCUCCAGGCACUAAUUUGUUGUUGUUUAGUCGUUUAGUCGUGUCCGACUCUUCGUGACCCCAGAGCACGCCAGGCACUCCUGUCUUCCACUGCCUCCCGCAGUUUGGUCAAACUCAUGCUGGUAGCUCCGAGAACACUAUCCAACCAUCUUGUACUCUGUCGCCCCCUUCUCCUUGUGCCCUCCAUCUUUCCCAACAUCAGGGUCUUUUCCAGGGAGUCUUCUCUUCUCAUGAGGUGGCCAAAGUAUUGGAGCCUCAGCUUCAGGAUCUGUCCUUCCAGUGAGCACUCAGGGCUGAUUUCCUUAUGAAUGGAGAGGUUUGAUCUUCUUGCAGUCCAUGGGACUCUCAAGAGUCUCCUCCAGCACCAUAAUUCAAAAGCAUCAAUUCUUCAGAGAUCAGCCUUCUUUAUGGUCCAGCUCUCACUUCCAUACAUCACUACUGGGAAACAUGGUCUGGUGAAAUCCCAGUGUAUGCUCUUUAGGAAAUGCGAUCGCGAAUUUCUUUGUGACUAGAUGACCUUUGGGCUCCCUUCCAGCUCCUAAAGCAUUCAUCCUCCUCCUUGUUGUCUUCGGACUCGUCGGAGAAUAAAGUUGAUGAAUGCUCACCAUUUUCCCGUUCAGAAUCAAGUGUGAUCUACCUGUUGCUCAGAUUGUGGGGUGCUGCAAAAAUGUGGGGUUUGUUCUGCAAAACUAUUACCAAACUUUGGCCCUGGUUUGGAGCAAUUCAGAUCAUUUUGGGGUUUUGGGUGUUAAAUAUAAAACCCAGUUUGAUGUAUCAGUUGCUCAGGGUUGGGGGUUUUUGGGGGGGAGGGGUGGCGGCUGCAAAGCGCGAAGUUUGCACAGCAAAAUGCUACAAAGCCCUGUUUAGGGAAGUUUUUAAUGUCUGGUGUUUUAUUGUAUUUUUAAUAUUUUGUUGGAAGCCGCCCAGAGUGGCUGGGGAAACCCAGCCAGGUGGGCGGAGUAUAAAUUAAAUAUUAUUAUUAUUAUUAUUAUUAUUAUUAUUAUUAUUAUUAAUUAUAUUUCAAAUUGUUUGUGUGGCGCUAGAUCUUCGUUUUAAAAGAGAAAUUACAGUGUCCUUAAUGCUCAUCCUCGCCGCUGCCUUAUUUUAUUGUUUUUAGCCUUUGGUUAACCAACCACAUAUUUCCACGUUUCUGCCAUAAAGUUCUGUCAGAUCUUUCAGCCGCAGCUCUCUGCUGGAAGCUACAGCUUCAAAUGCCGCCUCUGGGCUGGAGGGGAUAAGUUGGAAAUCUCACUAUCUCUGGCAUGAAGCAGGAAUCUGUUUCCUACAUUCCAUCCCAAUGUAUGCCAAUUAUCCCCCCCCCCCUUCUUAUCUCUUCCUCUCCCCAUUCCCACUUUGCCUUUGGCAUGCCUUUGGCAUGCUGGGAUCUUGCUGGGGCAAGUUUCCAGCUUGCUUACCCAAGACAAAUGACACUGAACUCUGCGUCCUCUUCCUGGCCUCUCUGAUGAAGCAUCUGUUCCUCUCAGGAUAAUGCCGGGACCUGAGCUUCUGCCAGGAGUGAAGUCUCCAGGGAAAGCCUAUUAUUAUUAUUAUUAUUAUUAUUAUUGCCUGGUCCUGCCCGGCUGGAAUCUAAAAGCCAGAGGCUCCUCCUCCUCCUCCUCCUCUUUUUCCUGUUGGUCAGAAAUUUAAUUCUCUUUGACCAGACCGGAUCCCCAGUCCAAGAUAUACAGGUAUUCAUUUCCUCACUUGCCUGAGUCGGAGUGGGGAGUUGCAGUUCCUUCCGGUGGGGAAGAGACGUUUUUCUUAAGCCAUGUGGUGCCAUUCAGGUAUGUGAGGAUGAACUUAAGCUCCUUGGAGGAAGGGGUAGCUCAGGAAAGGGCCUUUUCAGUACUGGCCCCGACUUGGUGGAACGCUCUGUCACAAGCGACCAGGGCCCUGUGGGACUUGACAUCUUUCCGCAGGGCCUGCAAGACAGAGCUGGCCUUUGGUUUGGACUCAGUCUGACCCUUAUGUUUCCCUCCCCUUAUGGUUUUGAUCUAUGGGCUCCUUUUAAAAUGAGGCUGCAUUUUAAAUUGCAUUUUAACCUGUACAGUGGUAUCUCGGGUUACAUACGCUUCAGGUUACAAACGCUUCAGGUUACAGACUCUGCUAACCCAGAAAUAGUACCUCGGGUUAAGAACUUUGCUUCAGGAUGCGAACAGAAAUCUUGCUCCGGCGGUGCGGUGGCAGCGGGAGGCCCCAUUAGCUAAAGUGGUGCUUCAGGUAAAGAACAGUUUCAGCUUAAGAAUGGACCUCCGGAACGAAUUAAGUUCUUAACCCGAGGUACCACUGUAUUUUAAAUUGGGUCCCCCCCCCCCGUUAUCUUUUUACUGUAAUUUUACUGGUGUUAGCCACCUUGAGCCCGGCUCUGGCCAGGGAGGGCUGGGUAUAAAUAAAUUUUAUUAUUAUUAUUAUUAUUAUUAUUAAUUAGAACCCAAGACUCUUUAAUCAUGUGUCUGGGCCCCAAAAGAUUCCUGCAUUGCAGGGGGUUGUACUAGAUGACCCUUGGUGUCCCCUCCAGCUAUAUGAUUCUAUGAAAUAAAAUACAAAAGUUUAACUGUAUACCCUGUGCCAUCGCUAUACUAAUCUCAGUGCGUCCGCUUAUAGGGUCUUGUGACAGUCUUCUUGUUUAGCCACUUAUUUAGAGAAAUGUUUGGUUUUGAGGAAACUGACCUAAUAUGUAUGCAUUUUGCAUGAAUCAAAUUGUAUUAUACUCUUUCCCCACCAUCACCAAUUUGAUUUGAAAUCUUUUUAGUUGUGUUUGUGUUUAAUUAUUACUUUGGUUUGGUUUGUGUUUUGAUAUCGUUUAGCUCCCUUUGGCUCCCUAUACUCCCCCCCCACCUCAAAUGAAUAAGGGAAAAACUGUGGCGGGGCAAGGGGGGCAGUUAUUGGUUUUUAUUAUGCAUUUUAUGUUUUUAUCUUCUGUUUUGAUGGUGUGAACUGCCCUGAGAUUGACAGAUGAAGGGCAGUAUACAAAUUUAAUAAAAAAUAAUGCUCAUGACAGUAUGAAAUAGCCUUGAGAUCUUUUUCAUCAUUUAUUGUUUAUACCCCGCUUAUCUGGCUGGGUUUCCUCAGCCACUCUGGGUAGUUCUGAAUAGAAAAUUAAAAGCACAAUAAAACGUCAAACAUUAAAAACUUCCUGAUACAGGGCUGCCUUCAGAUGUCUUCUAAAAGUUGUAUAGUUGUAUAUUUCCUUGACAUCUGAUGGGAGGGCGUUCCACAGGGUGGGUGCCACUACCGAGAAGGCUCUCUGCCUUCAGACAUAACUUGAAGAACGCUUGUUCGUGGAAACAAAUUAUUAAGCAAUGGCAAAGAUAGGCUACAACAAUUUAAAACCGAAGAAAUUGCUCCCUCCUAAACAUAGACAUCUUCUGUGUUGAAAGCCAGGAUUAGCAGUGUGUCUAUAGCAUUCACUGAUAGCUGUGUUACCAAGGUGCAUCUUGAAGUUGCCAGGUACCCCUCUGUGGGGAGGUGGCCCCACAACUUAGGGGCUGCCACAAAACAGGCCCUCUCCUGGGCCACCCCUACCCUCCAAGCCUCUGAGGGUAGUGAAACAACCAAGAGGGGUUGUUUAACAUGUAAGCACCUUGAAUUGGGCCCGGAAACUGUUAGGAUUUUUUUAUCUCACCAGCUGCUCAGCAAGUAGAACUAUGGUUGUUUAUAUCAUGUGAGUGUCUGAGAGCGUGAGACAGGAAGUCUCAGUACUGUUCGGAACUGCGAGAGAAGUUACCGUGUUUUUCGCUCUAUAAGACGCACCAGACCAUAAGACGCACCUAGUUUUUGGAGGAGGAAAACAAGAAAAAAAAUAUUCUGAAUCUCAGAAACUAGAACAGCAAGAGGGAUCGCUGCACAGCGAAAGCAGCAAUCCCUCUUGCUGUUCUGGCUUCUGCGAUAGCUGUGCAGCCUGCAUUCACUCCAUAAGAUGCACACACAUUUCCCCUUACUUUUUAGGAGGGAAAAAGUGAGUCUUAUAGAGCAAAAAAGACGGUACUUUCACUUCUGUGCAAGAUGUUGUUCUGUACUGCUGCUGAGAGAGAGCAGACAUGCUGAUGGAGUCUCUCUAUAUAGACCGUUGAAUAAAGUAAUUUUAAAGCUACGAUUGUCUCUUUCUUCUGCAAUGAGAUGCCAGAAGACGAGUGUGCUCCUCUCAGGAGGGUCACUUAUCACCGAUCUCUCUGGACUGAGGAAGAUUUACAGCCAGAGGGUGACCACCGGAGAAACUCCACAGUGUCUUGGGAAGGUGGUGGCCUUCCCGGGCGUUUUUCCAACAGAAACAACCAGUGCCACUGUUUUAAAACGGAUGUUGUGCGAGAUGCAAACGGAACCGCUGCUGGUAAUCUGGGCACUGCAUUUUGGACCCCUUGGAAUUUUUGAGCCGCCUUCAAGGGCAGCCCCAUGUAGGGUGCUCUGCAGCAAUCUAGUCUGGAAGUUACUGCAGAAUGCAGAACAGUGGCCAAGUAUCUGUGCUCCCAAGUGGCAAACGCUCAGGAGCUGGGAAAAGGCACGCGUGUGGGUUGGUGGAGAGAGAUAGGGCACAAACAAAGGAACGCAGGGCAUAAUUUGGCAGCUUGCCUCCUAGCGCGGUUGGGUUGCUGGAUUCCUUGAUGUGUGGUUGCAAAACUAUUGAUUUCCUGGGCGGCUGCCCAGCCUGCCUGCCAGCAGCCCUGAAAUUUUCCCUACGUCAUACCAGAGAGAACGUGGCUCGCAGGCAUCAGUGCCCUGCAAUGCCUCUCUUGUUUUUCAGUGCAGGAUGUUUUCGAAUGACCACGCCCUAGUGUAUGUUGCAAUAGUGCUGUGGGAAAGUGGAGGGUGUGUGUGUGUGUGUGUGUGUGUGUGUGUGUUUUAAAGCUAAAAAAAAAAAAAAGUAAAGGACCUCUGACAGAAUGCGGCAGCUAGACUGGUGACUGGGAGCGGCCGCCAAGACCAUAUAACACCGGUCUUGAAAGACCUACAUUGGCUCCCAGUACGUUUCCGAGCACAAUUCAAAGUGUUGGUGCUGACCUUUAAAGCCCUAAACGGCCUCGGUCCAGUAUAUCUGAAGGACCGUCUCCACCCCCAUCGUUCUGCCCGGACACUGAGGUCCAGCUCCGAGGGCCUUCUGGCGGUUCCCUCACUGCGAGAAGCCAAGUUACAGGGAACCAGGCAGAGGGCCUUCUCGGUAGUGGCGCCCGCCCUGUGGAACGCCCUCCCAUCAGAUGUCAAAGCGAUAAACAACUACCUGACAUUCAGAAGACAUCUGAAGGCAGCCCUGUUCAGGGAAGCUUUUAAUAUGUGACAUUUUAGUGUAUUUUUCAUCUUUGUUGGAAGCCGCCCAGGGUGGCUGGGGAGGCCCAGCCAGAUGGGCGGGGUACAAAUAAUAAAUUAUUAUUAUUAUUAUUAUUAUUAUUAUUAUUAUUAUUAUUCUGACAGUUAAGUCCAGUCGCGGAUGACUCUGGGGUUGCGGCGCUCAUCUCGCUUUAUUGGCCGAGGGAGCCGACGUUUGUCCACAGACAGUUUUUCUGGGUCAUGUGGCCAGCAUGACUAAGCCGCUUCUGGCGAACCAGAGCAGCGCACAGAAACACCAUUUACCUUCCCGCCGGAGUGGUACCUAUUUAUCUACUUGCACUUUGCCGUGCUUUCGAACUGCUAGGUUGGCAGGAGCUGGGACUGAGCAACGGGAGCUCGCCCCGUCGCUGGGAUUCGAACCGCUGACCUUCUGAUCGGCAAGUCCUAGGCUCAGUGGUUUAGACCACAGCACCACCCGUGUCCCUUUAUUUUAAAGCUAGAUUGUGCUAAAAAUCUUUGGAAAGGAUAUUAUUAUUAAUUAUUUAUUAUUGAAUUUAUAUACUGCCCUAUACCCGGAGGUCUCAGGGCGGUUCACAGAAGAAAAUCAAAAUAUAAAACCACAAAUAUAUAUAAUAAAAAUAAAAACAACCACUUGUUUGCUGGCUCUCAUCCUGUCCUUUACCAAGGCGAGACACUGGUCCAGAAUAAAUCUGGGACUCAACUACAUUAGUCAAAAAACAGUAUUUUGAAUGUGUUAGAAACAUGCAACACCAGAUGGCGUUGGAGAGCAAAAAAAAUUCUAUGUGAUUUUCCAUAGCGUUUUUUCCCCUGUGUGUGGAUCGACUUCUGGUGAAAUCUCAGGUGCCACGUGUGUGUGUGUGUGUGUGUGUGUGUGUGUGUGUGUGUUUGUACUUGCAAGGAACUGCAUAAAAACAUCCUACUCCUGCAGACAGAAGCUUGCAAAAUUAAGGAACCUGCCACACUUGCUUAUCAGAGAAGAUCUCUGGGUGUCGACUUUGGGUGGCCUCAAGGCAGAAUUUUGAUGGUUUGACAGCACAGCAAAAGUCUGCCCAUUAAAGAGGGACUUACAGGUCUUCUCUGAGUGGGGAAUGGUGCCUUCUAGCUGUAGUUCUAUAACUUUCAUGAUUUUGUUAUGGAUAUACAUUUUUAUAGAAACUGCUUUUAGGGGGGUUGUGUUUGGCAUUUAGCGCUUACAAGAAUCUAAAAUAUCUAUUAAUGAUGUUUGUUUUAACCAUUUUAAUCUCUGAGUUUUAAUCCAUUUCAGUCUAUUGCUAUGCUAACUUUUUGACAGUUUUGAAUUGUUGUUAAUUUUAUUUGUCAUGUCUUUUUGAAAGCUUCCUUGAGGGGUUUUUUAAAAACAACAACAACAAGCGGUGCAUAAAUAUUAUGAAAAUUUAUAUGCUGCUUAGUUGCAGCCAUCUCUCAGCAGUGUAUGAUAAGUGUAACAGAUACAACAGCGAUAAAACAAAACCCAAUGAAAAGCAAGCUAUAAAAUGGAAGAAGGGCUUUAAAAUGGCUGCUGAAAUAGAAACGGAGUUAACUCUUUCCCUCCCCCCUGCAGGGACAAUGGAGAUUUCGCUGGGCCAGGGGCUCCUCAUUUUGUUCCUGGUGGUGGUCCCGCUUCUCUACGAAUGGAGUGCUACCUUCAAGUACUUCUGCAAGAUGGCGUUCUACAACAGCUACAUCCUCUUCCUGGCCGUCAUCGUCAUCCCUAUUUGCGCAGUCCGUGGGCGCAACGUGGAGAAUAUGAAGUAAGCACAAGAGUUUGUUUGUUUGUGUGUAUUAGGCUCUUUGGGAGGUAUUCAGUUAUCUCAUUCUGCGAGAGCAAGGAUUUUCGUUGUUGCAGUGGGACUCCCCCUGUUCCCUUCCACCUUCCCCAAAUCUGCUCCAGAGUGUGUGUUUUUUUGGGGGGAACCCCCUAGAACAGAUUUAGGGGGCCCAUGGGGGACAGAGGCUUGGGGAACAUUGUUCUUCCAUGCCAAAGGAAGUCCCUGUGCUGAUGGGAUGUUCACAAAGCCAGCGCAAUGGUGGGUGCAGCCAUUGUUGUGUUUGGCCGGGGGGGAACGGGACGGGACGACUCAUAAAUCUUUUGUUGGAAGAUUGGGCAUGAGACUGCUUGCUGAGAGAGGAGGAAGAGGGGGAAGGAAGUCCAACUCAGAAAUGUUAAAUUGAUUGCAAAGCUAAUGAAUUGUAUAGACUUGAAAAGUAAAAACUUAAGAAGAAAAGAGAGAGUUUUUUUGCAUGGGGUUAAGGUAGGCAGAUGGGACGCAGGUGGCGCUGUGGGUUAAACCACAGAGCCUAGGACUAGCCAAUCAGAAGGUCGGCAGUUUGAAUCCCCGCGACGGGGUGAGCUCCCGUUGCUUGAUCCCAGCUCCUGCCAACCUAGCAGAUCGAAAGCACGUCAAAGUGCAAGUAGAUACAUAGGUACCGCUCCGGUGGGAAGGUAAACGGCGUUUCCGUGCGCUGCUCUGGUUCGCCAGAAGCGGCUUAGUCAUGCUGGCCACAUGACCCGGAAGCUGUACGCCGGCUCCCUUGGCCAGUAAAGCAGGAUGAGUGCCGCAACCCCAGAGUUGGUCACGACUGGACCUAAUGGUCGGGGUCCCUUUACCUUUAAGGCAGGCAGAGCAAUGGACCUCCAGACUCCCAGACUAUCCCUGUGCCUGUUAACCGGAAGGUUGGUGGUUCAAGACUGCCCAGGGACAGCUGUGGGCAGGAAACCGAUUAGAUGACUCGUGGGAUCCCUUCCAACGCUUUGAUUUUAUCUAGCCUCUGACCUAUUUUCUGGCCUCCCUGUCCUUUUAAAACUUCAGACGGCUAUGUCUUAGGUUGCAUCCUGUUUACAACUUUCUAACGCUUCCUCCUCAGACCUUAAGGUGAGAGGUCACCUUGAUAAGGUGAGAGGUCACCUUGAAUCUAUCAUCGGAAAACAGAGAAGCAGGCAUGGCUCCUUUUGUCUUCGAUUAGUUAGGUUAGAGCUAGAACACUUUUCUAUCCAGGUUCUGAUUUAUUCCCAGAAUAAAGCUAUUUUCUUACUCUACUCUGUGUGCGAUUUCAACAAGUGACGUCUACUCUCUAACCAGAUUCACACGUUGUACAAUGUACACUCUGCAUGUCAAAGAGCUCCAAGCGGCUAUUCGUUUCCAUAACUUUGGUAUCUCUGUAUAAUGUGACUUAAGUUACACAGAGCAUUUUUCAUAUUUGUACGACGAUACUUUGGAGGAGGGAUGGGCAGAAGGUAAAUUGGGUUCUACUGGUACAUCUCAGAGCGAUUUAUUCCGAAAGCAUUAUGUUUUAAAAUGUUUUAAAAUUGUUUGUUUUAUGUUUUAAAACCUUAAUGUUUUAAAAACCUCUUAAGCGGCAUGCAAUCUGAAAAAAAAACCAUGUCGCCAAAAUACAAACCUGUAACUAAUACAAACACAGAAUAAAACACACGUUAAAAAGCAUUAAAAAGUUUGGGAUGUAGCUUUGGUUGAAAAGCUUGGGAAUAAAUUUUAAGAGGGCUGGGCGGCUGGGUGCCAGCUUCGCCUUUGAGCCAGUGCCAAAGACUGGGCUCAACCUCUUCAGCCCCGACUGGGCCAGGCGAGCUGGGAAAGCACUUCCAGAGACUUUUCACACAGGAAGCAGGUCUAAGUGCUGUGGACUCACAACUCAGAGCUGUGAGCACCAAACUCCGUUCCAAAAGUCAGCGGAGCACAGCAGAGUAUGAACCACACAAACAAUGAAGUAUUCUCUACAGCUACUGCAUAAACUCACGACUAAUCGGAGACGCUGGACUGAUUGAGUGUUACAGCUGCUUGAGCAGUCACCUUAUCUACCGUAUUUUUCGUUCUAUAGGACGCACCGGUCCAUAGGACGCACCUCGUUUUUUGGGGGGGGAAAUGAAUAAAAAAAAUUAUUCCCCCCGCGGCUGCCGCCCCAAGCCUCGCGUGCUUCGGGCUGCAGGCUGGCCGCCCAAGCCUCGCGCGCUCGGCGGGACCUCCCACCGGGCGCGCGAGGCUUGCAGACACUCGCCCGAAGCACGGGAGCCCUCCGGAGGGCUCCCGUGCUCGGGCGACAGACUGCCGCCCCAAGCCUUGCGCGCCGGCGGGACCUCCUGCCGGGCGCGCAAGGCUUGCAGACACUCGCCCGAAGCAAGGGAGCCCUCCGGAGGGCUCCCGUGCUUCGGGCGACAAGCUGCAGCCCCAAGCCUUGCGCGCUGGGCGGGACCUCCUGCCGGGCGCGCAAGGCUUGCAGACACUCGCCCGAAGCAAGGGAGCCCUCCGGAGGGCUCCCGUGCUUCGGGCGACAAGCUGCAGCCCCAAGCCUUGCGCGCUGGGCGGGACCUCCUGCCGGGCGCGCAAGGCUUGCAGACACUCGCCCGAAGCAAGGGAGCCCUCCGGAGGGCUCCCGUGCUUCGGGCGACAAGCUGCAGCCCCAAGCCUUGCGCGCUGGGCGGGACCUCCUGCCGGGCGCGCAAGGCUUGCAGACACUCGUCCGAAGCACGGGAGCCCUCCGGAGGGCUCCCGUGCUCGGGCGACAAGCUGCAGCCCCAAGCCUUGCGCGCUGGGCGGGACCUCCUGCCGGGCGCGCAAGGCUUGCAGACACUCGCCCGAGCACGGGAGCCCUCCGGAGGGCUCCCGUGCUUCGGGUGACAAGCUGCAGCCCCAAGCCUUGCGCGCUGGGCGGGACCUCCUGCCGGGCGCGCAAGGCUUGCAGACACUCGCCCGAAGCAAGGGGAGCCCUCCGGAGGGCUCCCGUGCUUCGGGCGACAAGCUGCAGCCCCAAGCCUUGCGCGCUGGGCGGGACCUUCUGCCGGGCGCGCAAGGCUUGCAGACACUCGCCUGAAGAACGGGAGCCCUCCGGAGGGCUCCCGUGCUCGGGCGACAAGCUGCCGCCCGAGCCUCGCGCGCCGGCGGGACCUCCUGCCGGGCGCGCAAGGCUUGCAGACACUCGCCGAAGCACGGGGAGCCCUCCGGAGGGCUCCCGUGCUUCGGGCGACAGGCUGCUGCCCCAAGCCCUGCGCGCUGGGCGGGACCUCCUGCCGGGCGCGCAAGGCUUGCAGACACUCGCCCGAAGCACGGGAGCCCUCCGGAGGGCUCCCGUGCUUCGGGCGACAAGCUGCAGCCCCAAGCCUUGCGCGCUGGGCGGGACCUCCUGCCGGGCGCGCAAGGCUUGCAGACACUCGCCCGAAGCAAGGGAGCCCUCCGGAGGGCUCCCGUGCUCGGGCGACAAGCUGCAGCCCCAAGCCUUGCGCGCUGGGCGGGACCUCCUGCCGGGCGCGCAAGGCUUGCAGACACUCGCCCGAAGCACGGGAGCCCUCCGGAGGGCUCCCGUGCUCGGGCGACAAGCUGCAGCCCCAAGCCUUGCGCGCUGGGCGGGACCUCCUGCCGGGCGCGCAAGGCUUGCAGACACUCGCCCGAGCACGGGAGCCCUCCGGAGGGCUCCCGUGCUUCGGGCGACAAGCUGCAGCCCCAAGCCUUGCGCGCUGGGCGGGACCUCCUGCCGGGCGCGCAAGGCUUGCAGACACUCGCCCGAAGCAAGGGAGCCCUCCGGAGGGCUCCCGUGCUUCGGGCGACAAGCUGCAGCCCCAAGCCUUGCGCGCUGGGCGGGACCUUCUGCCGGGCGCGCAAGGCUUGCAGACACUCGCCUGAAGAACGGGGAGCCCUCUGGAGGGCUCCCGUGCUUCGGGCGACAAGCUGCCGCCCGAAGCCUCGCGCGCUCGGCGGGACCUCCUGCCGGGCGCGCAAGGCUUGCAGACACUCGCCCGAAGCACGGGGAGCCCUCCGGAGGGCUCCCCGUGCUUCGGGCGACAGGCUGCUGCCCCAAGCCUCGCGCGCUCGGUGGGACCUCCUGCCGGGCGCGCAAGGCUUGCGGACACUCGCCGGGGCUGCAGGCUGCUGCCUGCAAGCCUUGUGAGCCCGCGGGAACUCCCACCGGGCUUGCAAGGCUUGCGGAUAGCUUCCUGAAGCCUGGAGAGCGGGAGGGGUCGGUGCGCACCGAUGCCUCUCGCUCUCCAGGCUUCAGCGAAAGCCUGCAUUCGCUCCAUAGGACGCACACACAUUUCCCCUUCAUUUUUGGAGGGGAAAAAGUGCGUCCUAUGGAGCGAAAAAUACGGUAUAUACAGAUAACACUCAGACUCCCUUUGAAGUCAGGCUGGAGCAGAAGCAGCAAUGCGCAAAAUCCGCCCCCUCCUUUCUGAAACAUUGUCAGCAGAUUCUUGCAAUGGGAGGGGUGAAACAUCUGGAUCUGAAUGGUGUGAUUUUGUAAUGUAUUUGAACGAGGAGAUUCACGACAGAAUAGCCCCCACCUCAGUAUGUUGCUAUGUAGAAAUUAGAGUUCUUUGUGCUGCUUGAAAUAGUAAGAGCAAUACUGGCACUUGUUAUCUCCUUGCACUUUGUAAAGAAUAAUUCCUGCCUUAUUUGUGUUACUCUCUAGAACUGAGUUUUAUUUGCAGUUUAAGCUUUUCCCAUUACGAGUAUCUAUAGAUAAAAUCAGUUUGUUUGUUAUUUUUUAAUUUAUUUUAUUUAACAUAAUGAUUACAAAAUACAAGCAAAGUACUGCAAAUACAUACAUACAUAUAUAUUUCAGAUAAGUACACAUAUAUAAAAAAGAACAGAAAAGAAAAAAGGAAGAAAAGAAAAAGAAAAAAUAAGGAAAAGAAGAAAAGUUGGAAGAAUUUCUUCCAAAUUUAUUCUACAAAUAUCUCAAUAAUAAAAUUUCGUUGAUUGACUUCCAUCGCUUACACUGCACUUCCUAUAUACAUUUUAAGCAACAUUGUAUCUGUUAUUCCGUAUUUUCCCCAUACAAUCUCAUACAAAUAUUCUAAUCAAUAAGUUUUCUAAAUCUUUCAUAAAUCUAUUCUAAACACAACCAAUACCUUACAUUUAAUCUUUGUCUACAUAAAUAAUCAUUUAAACGUUUCCAUUGUUUCUGGAAUAUCUAUAGAUAAAAUCAGUUUAAUGCGGUUCUGCUCUGCACCCUUCCUUGAUAGCUUUUGGCCUAGCUGGAAUGUCCCCACAGACUCUGACAAUGCCUCUUCUUUCCUUAGAUUAAGGAUAGAACAGGGUAAACUAGCCUACUGCACAAAGGUAAAUUUCGCAUUAAUUUUAUUUGCCAACUUUUGUCUCUGGCCCUGCCCACCGCUGACAUUUGGCCUCCUGGAAUUUUGCUCUGAAUGGAAUGCCUGUGGCUUGGUUUUAGCUAGCAGUGCGGCUUAAGGACUGAAGGCGAGUCUUAGGGGCAGAUUUGGCAGAUAUCAUAGAAUCACGAGUUGGAAGGGACCCAGGGGUCAUCUAGCCCACCCCCCUUGAAUGCAGGAAUUUCAGCCAAAGCAUCCAUGACAGAGGGCCAUCCAACCUCUGCUUAAAUACCUCCAAGGAAGCUUCGAGAUUUUUUAAUAUAUAUAUAUAUAUAUAUAUAUAUAUAUAUAUAUAUAUAAAGCAGUAUAAAAAUAAAAUGAACCACCAUCACACCAAAAUUCAUUGUAAACAAAGAGGUACCUAGACAUUCCAUUGUGGCCACUGUAACCUGGGUUUAAGGUGCCAUUUGACGAUUAACAUACAUAACUGAGACUGUGUGGUAGGGGAUGAGGCGAUCUUUUAGGUUAGGUGAAUGCCAUAGGGAGGCAUCUUGGACUUCACCUGAGGCAGCAAAAUGUCUUGUGGCAGCUGCUUCUUACAUGGUUAUAUGCAGGUUGGCCUCCUGUGGACUUUACCUUUACUGUAUUGGUAGAAAGAGGAGAGCCAACAAAAGCAAUAAAAACAACUUCUCGCUGCUUUGGUAUUUUGAAAACUGAAAGCUGCAUUGAACAACACUGGCCUCUAGAGGGAGCAUGAGCACUCCAGACACCUCAGUGCCUCAAAAAUUAUUUAUGACUGACAGCUUAUUAUUUUAUUUUUAUUUGUAUUUAUUUUGAUAUUUACACCACCCUUCAUUAAAAGAUCUCAGGGCAGUUCACAAGAUAAAAACACAAAUAAAUAGCUAAACAACAGCAACAAAACAGUAACCUGCGCUCCCACAAAGGUAUUUAAAAGGUUGUGGCAAAUUAAUCAGCCAAAAGCCCAGUUGAAGAGGAAUGUUUUUGCCUGGCACCUAAAAAUAUACAGUGGAACCUUGGUUCUCAAAUGCCUUGUUUCUCGAACAUUUUGGCUCCCGAAACCCAGAAGUAUUCCAGUUUUCGAAUGUUUGUUGGAAGCCGAACGUCCGAUGCUGCUGUCGGCUAUUGCGCCAAUCGGAAGCCACGCCUUGGUUUUUGAACGUUUCAGUAGUCGAACGGACUUCUGGAACAGAUUACGUUCGAAAACCAAGGUGCCACUGUAUAAUGAAGCCACUAGGUAAACCUUGCAGAAGGGAAGAUGGCAAACUGUUGUUGUCAUCAUCAGCGACUGCGGUGCAGUGAGGUGCGGAAGUCGCAGGUGAACAAGUUUAUCCUCUUUUCUUUUCCAUCUCCAGGAUAAUCCGGUCCAUGAUGCUACAUGUGAAAUACCUGUACGGGAUCAAGAUUGACGUGCGGGGGACAGAGAACUUCAACAUCAAGCAGCCUUAUGUGAUCGUGUCCAACCAUCAGAGCUCGCUUGACUUGCUUGGUACGCCUGGGCAGGGGGGAAGGGGGUCUGGGUAGGUGGCCAGAAUGUGAGUAGAAAACCCCUCGUGGCCUCUUCCGUCAGUCCAUUUUACCAUACCACCAAAUUAUUAAGAGUUCCUGCCCACUUUAAAGCAAUCUUCAUUGGUUUCCAGGGACAUGGGUGACGCUGUGGGUUAAACCACAAAACCUAGAACUUGCCGAUCAGAAGGUCGGCGGUUCGAAUCCCCGCGACGGGGUGAGCUCCCAUUGCUCGGUCCCUGCUCCUGCCAACCUAGCAGUUCAAAAGCAUGCCAAAGUGCAAGUAGAUAAAUAGGUACCGCUCCGGCGGGAGGGUAAACGGCGUUUCCAUGGGCUGCUCUGGUUCGCCAGAAGCGGCUUAGUCAUGCUGGCCACAUGACCUGGAAGCUGCACGCCGGCUCCCUCGGCCCAUAGAGCGAGAUGAGCGCCGCAACCCCAGAGUCAGCCACGACUGGACCUAAUGGUCAGGGGUCCCUUUACCUUUACCUUACGUUGGUUUCUAAGCAGGUGCGGGGAGACUUUGGACCCCUAGAUGUUCAAAGAAUUGUAAGGUUGGAAGUGACCAUGAGCUUCACCUAGCCCAGUGCUUUUUUCCUGGGGGGACGCAUACCCCUAAACAUUUUGUGCAUCUAAGUUUGGCCUCAUUGAGGGGCAGUAUUUCAAUAUGAGAAGGAAAAUGAGAGUACCCCUAAACAUUUUUUUUAGGAAAAAAAGCAUUGACCUAGCCCAACCCCCCCUGCAGUGCAGGAAUCUUUUGACCAAUAUGGGGCUCAAACCUGCGACCCUGCAGUUCAAAGUCUCAUGCUAAACUACAACAACUCCCAUCAGCCCCAGUAAGCGUGGCCUGCAGCCAGGGAUGGUGGCAGUUGGCAACCCAAAACCUCUGGGGAGCCAAACGUUCCCCACACCUGAUUUGCAGAGCUGGGAAGGCAUCUUCAAAAGUCUUCUUCUUUGGCGAUCACUCGUAGCCAAGUAAGAUUGUCUGCCAUAAACACGGUUUUAACAGUGAGUCCGUAAGUGACUAUGGAGGCCAAUUCUGGAUCCACACGUCCUUCCACAGUGGGGACAUUGGUUUCCGGGCGGGAGUUGAUCACGGUGAGGGUUUGCCAAGCAUGCCUUCCUCUUAGCAUGUUUCUCCCUUUCGUCCUGAGUUUGAGCGUCUUCAAAGCCCAUGACACCUUCGGUAAAGGCUGUUCUCCAACUGGAGCGCUUGCAGGCCAGUGUUUCCCAGUUGUUGGUGUUUAUACUACAUUUUUUAGAUUUGCCUUGAGAGAGUCCUUGAACCUUUUUUGUUGACCACCAGCAUUAUGCUUUCCAUUUUUAAGUUCGGAAUAGAGGAGUUGCUUUGGAAGACGAUAAUCAGGCCUAAUUAUCAAAAGUAAUCUAGUUUGGGAUAGCCCAACCCUCCAGAUGUGACUGAACCAUAACUCCUGUUCCUCUUGGCCGCCGUCUGCUGAGAGUCAAACUACAUCCAGAGGGGACUGCACUGGCUGCCUCAAAUUUUGGUUGACCCUUUUAGUUGAAUUUUGCACAGGAACGGAGUCCAGGAAGUGCGAAAACGUUUUUAAAAAUUUGCUUUUACAUCCCAGUGGGGAGGCUGUGUCCCUGCAGAAGGUUCUGAGGUUCCCAACAGCCUCCAGGCAGCAUGGCCCAGUGGUCAGGGACGAUGGGAGUUGUAGUCAAUAAGCUACAAAUUGCCACAGAUUCCCCACCUCUGGUUUACUCUGGCUGGGCCUUUGCUGUGCCACCAGGCCAUGGUCGCCCCCCAACCGGUGUUCUGGCACAUAGUGGGCUGGGCGGCCUUGAUCUGUUGCCGUGGCUGACCUUCCCGCUUUCCUCCCUCUCCGCUGCCCUGCCCCGCCCUGCAGGGAUGAUGGAAGUCUUGCCCGACCGGUGUGUGCCAAUCGCCAAGAAGGAGCUGAUGUACAUGGGCACGGUGGGGCUGGCGUGCUGGCUAGGGGGCAUCAUCUUCAUCAACCGCAAGAAAACCGACGACGCCAUUAGCGUCAUGGCGGAGACGGCGCAAACCAUGCUCUGUGAGGAUGUGAGUGUUGCUGGAACGGGAGGCGGGGCUGCCUACAUUUUGGGGAAUCGUGUGGGAUCUGGAGGUGGGUAGGAGGAAGGGAUUGCGAAGUGGGAUUGUGUCUGUGUCGUGGCUGGGUGUACAGGAUGCAGCAAGAGAGCUAAUAUUAUUUUCCCCAAAAUUCACAAGGGCGUGCGCCUGGGUGCUGGCCUCUUGGACUUUCCCACCUUGCUUAAAUGCUAACUUGCUGGUACAGCCCUUUUGGGCAGAGAGUGGGAGAGAGGGAAGUUUGCCAUUGUAGCGUUUGGCUCUUAAUCACAGUGGUUCCUUGGUUCCUGAACGGCUUAGUUGUUGAACAAAUCGGCCCCCGAACGCCCCAAACCUGGAGGUAAGUGUUCCAGUUUGCGAAUGUUUUUCAGAAGCCGAAUGUCCGCCAUGGCUUCUGCUUGAGUGCAGGAAGCUCCUGCAGCCAAUUGGAAGCCGCGCUUUGGUUUUCGAAUGGUUUCGGACUCCCGGAACGGAUUAAGAUUGAGAACCAAGGUACCACUGUACUGGUACUGUCUCCUCAGUGGGUGGAACACACCAUCUUGGAGUGCACAAGGCGGAGGGAGACGCUUUUGUAGGAAAACAAACCGGCCUCAAGCUCUCUCCACAGAGAAGGCCUUUUUGGAUUUGCUCUGCGCUGAUCUAGCCGUCUGCUAAAUCGACGCCACCGCAGGGCGGAGUGUGUGGAUUGCGACAUCUAUUUGGCCGAACGGAUUGUCCGUUUUUAGAGGCAGUGUAGCUCCAGAUACAAGUUUCUGGGACCAAACGUCAGUGGAGGGAUGUUCUGCCCAUGUGCUUCUGCUUGGGAAACAUAUCCUGGGCCGGAUCCAGGCCGGACUCUUCUUAUGGUGGGUUCUUGUGCUGGGUCUCUAGCAGCCACUGGGGAAAGCUUUUUCGGCUUGGGGAAUGGAGGGCACAGAAAGGAACCCCUUUAGCUGUAUUUGUGCAGCCUGCAGCUACUUAUGCUCCAUCCUUUUCUCCUCUGACCCCCCUGCAGGUUCGGGUCUGGGUGUUCCCCGAGGGCACCAGGAACCACAACGGCUCCAUGCUGCCCUUCAAGCGGGGUGCCUUCCAUUUGGCUGUGCAAGCCCAGGUAGGGAGUCCUUUCCUCUUUACUUAGCCGUGGGGGCGACUCGAGCUGCAACCCCUGUGCGGUUUUGGCCUCUGAAAUCCGGCGGGGGUGACCUCUGAGCCCAACGCACAUAGUGUGUGUCUUGUUAAGGUUGCAGAUCAGCAGGUUAAGAGCCAGGAAGCCACCUCCAAGUCUCUCCUCCGCCACUGACCUCCCAAGCGCGUCUCUGCCACACCCCUUCCUCUCUCUUUCGACCUUGACCUCUCCCAACAGGGAUAAUUGUACUUCGCAGGGCUGUUUUGUAGUUUGGACUUGAUAUCCCGCUUUAUCACUACCCGAAGGAGUCUCAAAGCGGCUAACAAUCUCCUUUCCCUUCCUCCCCCACAACAAACACUCUGUGAGGUGAGUGGGGCUGUGAACCCGGUUCCCCAGAAUACGAGUCUAUCGCUCUUAACCACUACACCAAAGUUUAGCAGGAAGAUGUAUGCAAAGCAUGAACCAGGAGCGCUGCUUUUAUAUUUGUUAAGCCAAAGAAAGGUGUCUUAGAAAGAGUCAGAAUAUUGGUCUGCCUGACUCUGUAUUGCCGAAACCAGGAUGUCCCAAGCUUGGGUCUCGCAACUGUUUUUGGACUACAACUCCCAUUAUCCCUGGCUAGCAAGGCCAGUGGUCAGAGAUGAUGGGAAUUGUAGUCCAUAAACGGCGGGAGACCCAAGUUUGGGAAACACUGGGCUAAGCGGACUGUCCGUGGGUAUCCAGGGUUUCAGAGGCAGAGUCCUUUCAUUUCAUAGAAUUGCAGAGUUGGAAGGAAGCUCUAGGGUCCAACCCCCCACAAUGCAGGAAUCUCAGCACAUGGUUAUAAAAGCGGAGGAAACCAGUGCUGCUCUAAAACAAAACCGCUCCAAGUCGAACGGAACAGAGUCGAUGCCGGAAAAGAGGUGGUCACCAUUCAGUGAAGCACCUGAGGUGUCAAAAAGUGCAAAGAGGUGUGUUUUCAUAAUAAAAAACCUUAGCAUUCCUAUGGCACUAUUCAGAGAAUCGGGUGCACUGCCUUUUUCCAGUCCUUGCAAAGUCCUUAAUAGGCUAGACCAUGACAGAAAGAAGGAAGGAGGGAAGAGAGAGCUGAAAAAGGAGGGAGGGAGAAAGGAAGGAAGGAUUUUCUCAUAAUGCUGGAACCCUUUUCAUUCAGCACACAGCUAAACUCUGGGAUUUGUUUCCCAAAAGACCACAACAGCCACCAAAUCAAAACAACUUUUAAAAGAUGUUUAGACACCUUUUUUUUUUUAACAGCCCUCCCUGAAGUGUAUUAUCUUUUUGUCUUCUUCACGCUGUUCCUCCCUUCCCUGCCCCUUUCCAGGUUCCUAUCAUCCCAGUUGUGAUCUCAUCGUAUCGGGAUUUCUACAGUAAGAAGGAAAGGCGUUUCACCACGGGUGAGUCCAGCUGUCCGGCUCCUUUUCCCUCCCUUUCCCUUCCCUUAUCCCCAGGGACGAGGCUGGUUCUGACAAACCUGUGGCCACUCACUGGCUGUUGUGGUAGGGUCUUCUGACGGUGGGUGAUGUAAUUUUGGGGGUUAAAUGGCUUUGAGUGAUUUCAGUGCUGCUUUCAAUAGGGCUACAUAGCUGGGGGGGGGUUAAAAUAGGUAAAGCAAUCAUACAUUUUUAGUUGUACAGUCAUACCUCGGGUUACAGACGCUUCAGGUUCCGUUUUUUCGGGUUACGGACCGCUGAAACCCGGAAGUACUGGAACAGGUUACUUCCGGGUUUCAGCAGUCACGCAUGCACAGAAGAGCCGAAUCGCAACACGCGUGUGCGCAGACGCACUGCUGCGGGUUGCGAACGUGCAUCCUGCACGGAUCACGUUCGCGACCCGAGCAUCCACUGUAUCUGUUUUAAUUUACGUUGUGAGCUGACCUGGGAGGAAAGUGGGAAUAUGAAAUUAGCAGGCAAAUAAAUGAAAAUACAGUGGUGCCUCUAGAUGCGAACGGGAUCCGUUCCGGAGCCCCAUUCGCAUCUAGAAGCAAACGUAACCCGUGUCCGCGUGUCUGCGGGUCACAUUUCGGCACUUCUGCGCAUGUGCGUGGCGUCAUUUUGAGCGUCUGUGCAUGCGCAAGCGGCGAAACCCGGAAGUAACGUGCUCCAUUACUUCCAGGUUGCCACGGAGUGCAACUUGAACACGCUCAUCUCGAAGCACAUUCAACCCGAGGAAUGACUGUAAUUAAAUACCCCCUGCCCUGCCUCUUUGCAGCCUGCACACUUAACACUUUUCUUUUUCUUUCCUUCUCUCUCCCUUUCUGCCCCCCACCUGGUCCGGCUACAUCACCACGGCCCCUUUCCACUGCCUCCGUCUCCUCCUCCUCCGGCGCAGGGCGCUGCACGGUCCAGAUCCUGCCUCCCAUGCCUACGCGGGAGCUGGUGGCUGAAGACGUGCCGGCACUGACAGAUCGCGUGCGCCAGGCCAUGCUCAUUGCCUUUGAGGGGCUCUCGGUGGAGCUGGGUGCCCCGCAGUGACCCCCUUUUACUACUUCCUCCCUCCCAACAUCCGGCCCUAGAGAGAGACAGAGAGAGAGGAGCUUAUGGGGUGGGGACUGGGAACAGCUUUGCGCCCACUGGGGCGGGGGCCACGGCAGAAGAGGGCGGCGUUAACUCCCCAGCGGCCAAGCCGGGACCAGGAGUGGCAGAGGCGGUGAUGGGAGCGGCCCACGCUACAACCAAACUCGGAGAUUUGCAAGCUGGGGUGGGCUUCGCCCGGCCACGCCCACAAGGAGCCGCAGGGGCGGAGUUGAUCCCAGCCACGCCCGCUUCCACCUUUCGGACCAGAAUUCUCCCCUCCCACAACCAGGUAGAUGGCGCAGCCCUCUCCCCGCCAGGUCUUCUUCCCCUCAACCGUUUCUGUCGAUGUGAACUGUUCCGCUUGAGCUUCUCGGACUGGACCACUCCAGCCCCCUGUUCCGGGGGCAGGGAGCAUUUUGUGGGCUGACCCACAGGCAACGUAUAAACAGAACCACUCCUCGAACCCUGCAGAGGGAAGAUUCAUCCCGGCGCUCCUCUGGGGGACGAGAUGGGCGCAGGGCAGGUUCUGAGUGCGAACACUGCAAAAUGUGAAGCCGGGUUGCCAGCUGGUUGCAAACACCCCGCUGGCCUUUCACGAAGGGGUGUGUGUGUGUGUAUGUGUUUGCGUGUGAGAUAAGGGAAUGGGCACGAUUGAUCGAUCCGCUACAUCUUGCCUGCGGUGGGAGCGAGGCGGCGACGAACCACUCCAGAGCUCCCCGAGGAGGGGAGCUGUGCGGACUACGACCCACCCAGGCCUCUGACUGAUCAGCAGCUCUAAUAAAACGGUGGACAAGACUACCUCCCUCUGUGAAAGGGGCACGGCGAAUGGGGGAACUGCGGCGGGGUGGGGGGGGCUGGGGACACAGAAAGAAUGUGACUCUGUAUUGGCUCUUUUCAGUCACCCGGUGGGUGAAACGAGGGAACGAAAGAGCAGCUUUGCGGGGAGGGGGGGUUGCGGUGUGUCUCACGGGGAGGUGGGGGGGGGCUAAAAUAAUAUGGGCUGACCCUGUGGAACCCAGUUUAUGGGACCAGCCCUCGACCCAAUUGAUGUGGGGCGGAAAUUAGGGAUGCUACUUUGGGGAAAAACGAGAGCAGGAACGUGAGAAGACGUCCGUUUCCUGACAGCCUCCCUGGGCCAGUUACUUUUGUGUUGGUUAAAAUAUUUUCACUGCCCUGCGAAGGGGGAAGCAAGCCUGCCCUUAUCCUUAUCCCAGCUGCGUCAACGUGGCAGCCUGCUUUCCUGGCUCCAGUUGGAGGCAUCGGGCGCUGCAAACUCUCGUUUUUUGGUCUCAGAGAUGGUCAGAGGGGAGGUACGUGUGUGUGCUCCCUCUGUGGCAAAAUAUGGCAGGAAGGCUGAGGUCUUGGGACAGGGCAUUGGGGAAGGGCAACCAGUGUUUGGGUGCGGGGUCACUAGGCCGAAUUUUUUUGGGGUGGAAGGGGUGCACAACAUGGAGGAGGGGGCUAGUGGCAUGAGGCUGGUGCCCUUUAGCCAAUUGGGCCAAGCAGGAAUUAAAUUGUGGUGGUGGUAGUUGAUGUGGCACCCUUCAGCUAUUACUGGACUACAAUUCCCAUCAUCCUUCACUGCUGGCUGGGGCUGUUGGGAGCUGGGGUACGGCAGCCGCUGGAGGGCACCUCGUUGCCUGGCCUACUCCAAGGCCUCAGGCGGAGGGAAAAGCCUUUCCCGGACCUGUUCUCUCUAGUCCUGGGGCUGAUGGGAGUCAUAGUCCAGAUGAUUGGGAGGGUGCCAUGUUGGUGCCCCAUAGGGCCUGGGAUGGAGGAGAGGCGAAUUGGGGGCAGUCGGAUGCAUGCACUUCCUGUGCACGCUUCCUGGGACUGGAGUGGAUUUCUGUGUGCAGCUAUAUUUUUUAUGAGGGUGGGCCAUUAGGAUUGGGGAGAGGCUAUAAUUUUGGGAUGAGAGACCCCUCUAUUGUGGGGGGCAGGCGUGCUUGGGGAGCUGUUUCAGGGAGUGUGCGCUUGUUCGUGGGGUGGGUGGGAUUUUGCCAAAUAUUCCCUGCUAUGGGGGGGAAGAGGGGCUGCUGCCUCUGCUCCUCUCCUGCCUUUGGGGAAUUCCCCCCCUUGAUAUAUUUCUGUCCUCUCCCCAGUUGGAGACCCAGUUGCCUAUCCCUCCCACCAGAUGCCCUUCCAGGGGGGGCUGUUGAUGUCGG